CUUGCCUCGGGUGUAGGGAUUGCAAGGUAAAAAGCAAAACUACACGGUGACUCUGUGUAGUUUUGUUUUUGGGGGAUAUUUCGAGGCUCAACCGUUCUCACCUUGGAUUUCUGGAAACACAUUUGGAUAAAGAGAUUGUUUCAGAAGCUAUAGACUUCUGGGCAAAGUCCCAUCAGUGACAGGCAUCCUUGUGACACAAGGUGCCUACCAACAUGUCAACACAGGCGCCAACGUUUACACAGCCGCUUCAGAGCGUUGUGGCACUUGAGGGUAGUGCCGCAACGUUCGAGGCUCAAGUUAGUGGUAAUCCAGUUCCUGAGGUGAGCUGGUUUCGUGAUGGCCAGGUUCUUUCCGCUGCCGCUCUGCCCGGCGUUCAGAUCUCGUUCAGCGAUGGCCGCGCUGUUCUGAAGAUCCCUGCUGUGACAGCCGCACACAGUGGAAGAUUUUCCGUGAGAGCCACCAAUGGCGCUGGACAAGCCACUAGCACCGCUGAACUUCUUGUUACAGCUGAGACCGCGCCACCCAACUUCAUUCAGAGACUUCAGAGUGUUACGGUGAGACAAGGAAGCCAAGUGAGACUAGAUGUUCGUGUGACUGGAAUCCCUACACCUGUGGUGAAGUUCCUCAGGGAGGGAGCUGAGAUUCAAAGCUCAGCUGACUUUCAGAUUGUACAAGAGGGAGAUCUUUACAGUUUGUUGAUUGCUGAAGCCUUCCCAGAGGACUCUGGAACCUAUUCUGUCAGUGCCUCCAACAGCAGUGGCCGUGCCACCUCUACUGCUGAACUGCUCGUUCAGGGUGAAGAGGUUGCUGUGCCCGCUAAGAAGACCAAGACCGUUGUCUCAACUUCACAGAUGUCUUCUUCACAGACUCGUCAGACUAGAGUGGAGAAGAGAACAGUGGAGGCUCGUUUCGCGUCCUCUACGAUGCACAUGCAAGUGGAGGGAGGGGAGGUGACCCAACACCUGGCACACAAGACUCCCCCACGUGUGCCUCCCAAGCCAACCUCAAGGUCCCCCCCAUCAAUGGUGUCAAGAGUUGCAGCCACUCGUCACCAGUCCCCCUCCCCCGUGAGACACGUGAAAGCACCCACCCCCACCCCUGUCAGACCUGUUUCCCCGUCCUCAAGACUCUCAGUGUCCCCAAUCAGACCAGUGAGGUCUCCGAUCACGGGCCGCAGGCAGGUCACCCCGGGCGUGGAUGUACCUCCACCUUGGAAGCAGGGGGGCUACGUGGCCGAGGGCAGCUACACCAUGACCUCUGGAGCCACCCACGUCCAGACCACUUCCUCCAGCCAGAUGCAUAUGGAACAGCACUGGGAGGCCUCUUACUCCGCAAGCCAGCAAGUCAGUGGUGCUGCUGCUGUCACAGAGGGUGAGGUUGGGAAAAAGGCAGCUGUGGCAACAGUACUAGCUGCUGUUGAUCAAGCGCGUGUCCGAAAGCCCAUGUACUCUGAGGGUGGCCUUACUGAAGAGGAAGCCAUAGAACAUGACUUAAAUCAGCAAGCCAUGCUCUUCUCAGAGCAACAAGUCAGAACCACAACAGAGGCUGUGCCAAUGCCCACUGCUAGGCAAAUGGGUUCCUCUGCACAGACAGUUCAUGUCUCUCAGAUUCAGACCCAAGUGGAUACUGGCCUUGAUCCAUCUCCAGUUCCACAUUUCACAGUUUCAAAAGUUACUGUUCCUAAACCUGAACAUAGUUAUGAGGUUUCGAUUGCAGGGUCUGCUAUUGCCACUCUGCAGAAAGAGUUGUCCACUACCCCUGCUGCUCAAACAAUCAUCAGACAUGUCCAACCACCAUCUCAUAGGAUCAUGGAGGCAAGACUGACUCCUGAGCCAAUCUCAUCUCCGUUUAAAGAUGUUGGUGACAGAUAUCAGACCAGUUUUGAAACACAGUUACAAAGAGAGAUAGGCACUUCACUGACAGGUGGCAUGGAUCAAAAGUACGGCGAUUGGGACAUUCAGGUUGUUGAGAUGGCAAUGGUUCCCUCAGAAGUGAAAGAGGCUACUGUUCCUCCUACACUUGUGGCUGGAUUGAAAAAUAUGACAGUUACUGAGGGAGAAUCUGUGACAUUGGAGUGCCAGAUCUCUGGCCACCCGGCCCCAGGCAUUAUGUGGUUCAGGGAGGAUUACAGAAUUGAGAGCUCCAUUGAUUUCCAAAUUACAUAUGAGGGUGGAUAUGCACGUCUGGUGAUCCGCGAGGCCUUUGCUGAGGACAGCGGCCGCUUCACUUGCACUGCAACCAAUGAAGCUGGAACAAUCAGCACAUCUUGCUACCUGCUUGUGAAAGUGUCUGAGGAGAUCGAGAGCAGAGAGGAAUUAACUACUGUUUCUGAGGAAAUUGAAACUGCCCAUGAAGAGGCACAGAUUACUGUUACUGAAGCAAAAGAAGAGACUAUGUCCGUGACUAGCGGCUAUUCUGAGACUGUCGAAGCUGCAGCUGCUGCAGCCCCAUUCUUUAUCAAGAAACCCACCGUCCAGAAGCUUGUGGAGGGUGGAAGUGUUGUCUUCGAGUGUCAGAUCGGAGGCAGCCCCAAACCUCACAUUUACUGGAAGAAGAGUGGAGUGCCCCUUACUACAGGAUACAGGUACAGAGUGGCCUACAAUAAGGAGACUGGAAGCUGCAAGCUGGAGAUCUCCAUGACUUUUGCAGAUGAUGCCGGAGAGUACUCCAUCAUUGCCAAAAAUCAGCUUGGUGAGGCAUCUGCCUCAGCUCAGCUUCUCUCUGAAGAGGAAUAUGAAGUAUACAUGAAGAAAUAUGAAACGACAGUGACCACGACCAUGGUGCAGGAACCCAGAGUUGGUGAUAUUCCUCCUGUGGUUGUCAGUGAAUAUGAGAAGAGAACACAGACAAUGACCUUUGUUACUGGACAGGAAUUCCAAAUAUCUGCCUUUGAGCAAAGAAUAAUCCAAGAGGUUGAACUUCGCAUUUUGAGGAUUACCUAUCAAAUGCUUGUCACCGAAGAUAGAGAAGAGAUGGUUAUGAUUGCAGAAGAUCAGGCCACACAACCAAUCUUUGACACACCCGUGAAAAGCUACAGAAUCAUGGAAGGAAUGGGAGUCACCUUCCACUGCAAAAUGGCUGGCACUCCCCUACCCAAGAUUGCUUGGUUCAAAGAUGGCAACCGCAUCAGGCAUGGAGGCCGUUACCAGAUGGAGUUUCUCCAGGAUGGAAGAGCCAGUCUGCGUCUGCCCGUGGUGCUGCCAGAGGAUGAGGGCGUCUACACUGCUUAUUCGUGCAACAUGAAGGGCACAGCUGUGAGCUCUGGAAAGCUUUACAUUGAGUCUGCCGCUGCUGCUCAACCACAGUACCCACAGACAGAGGCUAUGAAGAGAAUCCGAUCUACCUCUCCUCGCUCCACAAGCCACUCCCCUGGUCGUUCUCCUGGACGUUCCCCAGCCCGUAGGCUUGAUGAGACUGAUGAGAGCCAACUUGAGAGGCUGUACAAACCUGUUUUUGUCCAGAAGCCUUCCUCCUUCAAGUGCUCUGAAGGACAGACAGCAAGAUUUGACCUGAAAGUUGUUGGCAGACCCAUGCCAGAUACAUUCUGGUUCCACAAUGGACAACAAAUGAUCAGUGACUACACCCACAAAAUUGUUGUCAAGGAAGAUGGAACUCAGUCCUUGAUUGUAGUCCCAGCCAUGCCAGCCGACUCUGGUGAAUGGACAGUUGUUGCUCAGAACAGAGCUGGAAAGACGUCCGUCUCCAUGACACUGACAGUUGAUGCCAAGGAACACUUGAUCAGGCCUCAAUUUAUGGAGAAGCUGAAGAACAUCACUGUCAAGGAGGGCACUUUGGUUGAGCUUGCUGUCAAAGCCAUUGGAAACCCUCUCCCUGAUAUUGUCUGGUUGAAAAAUAGUGACAUUAUUUCUCCUCACAAGCAUCCUAAUAUUAAGAUUGAUGGCAGCAAAGGAGAGUCUCGAUUCCAAAUUCCAUCAGGAGCAGGUGCGGAUACUGCCUGGUAUACUGCUACAGCCAUUAACAGAGCUGGAAGAGAUACCACUCGCUGCAGGAUCAAUGUUGAGGUCGAGUUCACUGAGCCUCCUCCAGAAACUAGAAGGCUUGUUAUUCCUAAGGGGACCUACAAGGCCAAGGAGAUUGCUGCCCCGGAAUUGGAGCCACUGCAUCUUCGCUAUGGCCAAGAGCAAUGGGAGGAUGGUGACCUUUACGACAAGGAGAAACAGCAGAAGCCCCAUUUCAAGAAGAAGCUGACAUCAGUCAGACUGAAGCGCUUUGGACCUGUGCACUUUGAGUGCAGACUGACCCCUAUUGGCGACCCCACCAUGAUGGUGGAGUGGCUACAUGACGGUAAACCCCUGGCUGCUGCCAACAGGCUGCGCAUGGUGAAUGAAUUUGGCUAUUGCAGUCUUGACUAUGAAGCUGCCUAUCCCAGGGACAGUGGUGUGAUCACUUGCAGGGCCACCAACAAGUAUGGAGUUGACCAGACCUCAGCAACACUAAUUGUGAAGGACGAGAAGGGCCUUGUUGAGGAAACCCAGCUGCCGGAAGGCAGGAGGGGAAUGAGGAUGGAUGAGAUGGAGCGCAUUGCCCAUGAGGGAGCACUUGCAGGGGUCUCUGGUGAUGACUAUUCUGAGAAGACAAAGCCAGAGAUCGUGCUUCUCCCUGAGCCAGCAAGAGUCCUCGAGGGUGAGACUGCCAGGUUCCGUUGCAGGGUAACCGGUUAUCCCACUCCAAAGGUGAACUGGUACAUCAAUGGUCAGCUCAUUCGCAAGAGCAAGAGAUUCAGACUUCGUUAUGAUGGUAUUUACUACCUUGAGAUAGUAGACAUCAAGUCUUACGAUUCAGGAGAGGUAAAAGUUGUGGCAGAAAACCCUGAGGGUAUAUCUGAGCAUGUUGUGAAGCUGGAGAUCGAACAAAAGGAAGACUUCAGAACGAUCUUGCGACGUGCCCCUGAAGUUAAGGCACCAGCACCCACCCUUCCCUCUGCUGAGCAUGGUAGAGUAUCCUUUGAAGUUGUCAAAGUUGAUAAACCAGUUGAGGGAUCCAAGCAAAAAGAGGUUGUCAAACUUAGGAAGGUUGAGAGAGUUCUGCAUGAGAAAUCAACAGAGGAGACAGAGGAGCUGAGAAGCAAGUUCAAGCGCAGGACACAAGAAGGCUACUUUGAAGCCAUUACUGCAGUCGAGCUGAAGGCGCGCAAGAAGGAUGAAUCAUAUGAGGGUAUGCUGAAGAAGAGGAAAGAGGAGCUUCUUCACCGGACCAAACAAUUAUCUGAGGCUGAGAAGAAGAAGCUAGAAGAAGGUGCAGUCAAAGUUCCCACAAUCAAACCGGAAAAGUUGGCCCUGUCACCCAGUAUGGAAGCUCCUAAGAUCCAGGAGCGCAUUCAAAGCCAGACAGUGGCUCAGGCUGAGGAAGUGCGUUUCCGCAUAAGAGUUGUCGGAAGGCCUGAUCCAGAAUGCCAGUGGUUCAAAAAUGGUGUCUUGCUGGAGAAAUCUGACAGAAUUAACUGGUACUGGCCCGAAGACCAUGUCUGUGAGCUGGUGAUCAAAGAUGUCACUGCAGAAGACUCUGCUAGCAUCAUGGUCAAAGCUAUGAAUAUCGCUGGAGAGGCCUCAAGUCAUGCAUUCCUUUUGGUCCAAGCAAAGCAAGUUGUCUCCUUCUCGCAAAAACUGGAAGAUGCCUAUGCCAAAGAGAAGGACACGGUUGUGACCUUUGAAUGUGAAACAAAUGAGCCUUUUGUUAAAGUCAAAUGGCUGAAGAACAAUGCUGAGAUUUUCGCUGGUGACAAAUACAGGACGCACUCUGACAGAAACGUUCAUUUUCUGUCUGUUCUGAUGAUCACCAUGAAAGAUGACGACGAAUAUUCCUGUGUUGUGAUCGAGGAUGACCAAGUGAGAACUACUGCCAGACUCCAUGUAGAAGGUGCCCCACUUGAACUUCUGAAGAAACUGGAGAGUGUUGAAGUCCCUGAAACAUAUUCUGGAGAGUUUGAGGUUGAAUUGUCCCGUGAAGAUACUGAGGGAACCUGGUACUUUGAAAAUAAGGAGAUUACUCCCAGCAUGAAAUAUGUUGUGUCCUCUCGCCGUGGACGUCACAGUUUGUCUGUGAAAGAUGUCAAGAAGGAAGAUCAGGGCAAAUACUCUUUCAAAACUGGAGAUUUGAGCACAAGUGCCUCCCUGAAGAUGAAAUUGCGUCCUGUUACACUGAUGCAGGGCCUCACUGACCUGACUGUCUGUGAGGGUGAUAUUGCUCAGUUUGAGGUGCGCUUCUCACAGGAGAAUGUUGAGGGAACAUGGAUGAAAAAUGGACAACCUCUCUCUGCCUCCGACAAAAUUCACAUUGUCAUUGACAAACUCAUUCACAAGCUGCUUAUUGAGGACACAAACAAAGAUGAUGCUGGAGCGUAUUCAUUUGUCGUUCCACUCCAGGAUAUUUCUACAUCAGCAAAACUUCACAUUCAAACCAUUGGCAUUGUGACCCCACUCAAGGAUGUUACUGUAGUUGAGGGUACAAAAGCCGUCCUGGAGACCAAGAUCUCUGCUGCCGACAUCACCUCAGUGAAAUGGUUCCAAAGUGACAAGCGUAUGGUAGCAAGUGACAGAGUCCACAUGGUGGCUAAGGGAACCAAACAACGUCUGGUGUUUAGCAGGACAUAUGCAUCUGAUGAGGGACUCUAUAAGCUGUUUGUUGGCAAAGCUGAUACAAGCUGCAAUCUUACUGUUGAAAAAAUUUCCAUUGUGAAGCAUAUGGAGGAACGUGUUUGCACGGAGACCCAGAAUGUGACUUUUGAGGUGGAGUUGUCUCACCCUGGUAUUGAUGCCCUCUGGACUCUGAAGAAAAAUCCACUCAAAGCUGGUGCCAAAUACAAGAUGGAGGCCAAAGGCAAACGUUACAGCCUUACAAUCAUUAAUACCAUGAAAGACGAGGAAGGGGAAUAUACCUUUGCAGCUGGUGAAAAGACAUCCAGUGCAAAGCUUAUUGUUUCAGGUGGUGCUAUCAGCAGACCCCUUCAUGACCAGACUGUGGCAGAAUCUCAGGGUGCCGAGUUUGAGUGUGAAGUCGCCAAUGCCAGCGCUAAGGGCAAAUGGCUGAAGGACGGUCAACCUGUUGACUUCAGUGAUAAUAUAUACCACGAAGACAAGGCUGCUGUUAGGCGCCUUGUGAUAGUCAUCACCAGGCCACAGGACAUUGGUGAAUACACCUACCAGGUGGCCAACUCUAAGACAUCUGCACAUCUCAAAAUUGAAGCUGUGAAAGUCAAGAAGACUAUGAAGAAUGUGAAUGUUGUUGAAACACAGGAAGCAGAGUUUAACCUUGAACUCACCCACGAAAAUGUGAGAGGUUCUCAGUGGACCAAGAAUGGCGUGGAAAUUAUUCCAAGCGACAAAUAUGAAAUCACAAUUGAUGGCAUGAUGCACUCCCUGAAGAUCAAGAACUGCACCCUUCAAGAUGAAUCGGUUUAUGCAUUCAAACUGGGAAAACUCACUGCUAAUGCCAGGCUGAAUGUUGAUACAAUCAAAUUUGUAAAGAAGCCCAAGGAUGCAACCUCUCUCUUGGGUGGCACUGCCUCCUUUGAGGUGAGUCUGUCCCAUGACGACAUCCCUGUCAAAUGGAUGUUCAACAACACUGAAAUCAAGCCCAGCGCAGACUACCAGAUUAUGUCUGAAAGGAAAUCCCACAAAUUGGUCGUGCAGAAUGUGACUUUAAACAAAGCUGGAGAGUAUUCAGCUGUUGCUGGAAAAUUGCAGUGUGGUGCAAACCUACAUGUUGAAGCUUUGAGAGUGACCAAGCCUCUGAAGAAUCUGGAUGUUCCCGAGACUCAUGUGGCAACCUUUGAGUGUGAAGUGUCACACUUCAAUGUCCCAUCCACUUGGCUGAAGAAUGGUGUGGAGAUCGAGAUGAGUGAGAAGUUCAGGAUUGUGGUGCAGGGAAAGCUCCACCAGCUCAAGAUCAUGAACACCAGCAGAGAUGAUGCAGCAGAGUACACCUUUGUCUGUGGAAAUGACAGAGUCUCUGCAACACUGACAGUUAACCCCAUUCUUAUCACUUCCAUGCUUCAAGACCUCAAUGCCCAGGAGAAGGAUACUAUUACAUUCGAGGUCAAUGUCAAUCAUGAAGACAUCUCUUACAAAUGGUAUAAGAAUGGUGUGGAAAUUCGGUCCACAGAUAGGUGCCAGACCCGAAGCAAGCAACUCAAUCACACACUCACCAUACGCAAUGUGCACUUUGGUGACACUGCAGAGUAUAAGUUUCAUGCUGGAUCUGCUGAAACAACAGCAAAACUCUAUGUUGAAGCUCGCGUGAUUGAGUUCACAAAGCACAUCAAAGAUAUUAAGAUUACUGAAAAGAAGAGGGCUACCUUUGAAUGUGAAGUGUCUGAGCCGAAUAUCCAUGUCAUUUGGAUGAAAGAUGGACAGGAACUUGAAAUGUCUGAAAGGUGCAGAGCUUCCUCUGACAAUGUCCAGCACUCCCUGACAAUUCAGUCAGUGCGUAUGUCUGAUGCUGGAGAGUACUCUGUGGUUGCUGGCGCAAACAUGUCAAAGGGUCGCCUCACUGUGGAGGGCCGCGAUGUUGUUAUUAAGGAACCUGCUGAGACAGACAUCACAGUUGUUGAGAAGCACAGAGCCACAUUUGAGUUUGAAGUCAGUGAGGAUGACAUUGAGGGACGCUGGCUGAGGAAUGGAACUGAGAUCGAUUUCUUCUCAGAGAAACGGUUAAACUAUGUGACGAUUAAGAAGACCCACCGUAUGACAAUCACUGAGACCUACAAAACUGAUGCUGGGGAGUACACCUUUAUUGCUGGCAAGAACAGGAGUGUGGUCACGCUUCAUGUCAGGCUCGCAGAGUUUCCCCGAGUUGUUAGGCAGAUGCUCCCACUGAAGGUGGUGUCUGGCAGAAUGGCACGCUUCUCGGUUGAAGUCAAAGGCACCCCAGAGCCCCAGGUGACCUGGUUUAAGAACAAUCAGCAAAUGUAUCAUGGGGCUGAAUGCAGCAUCAUUAAAGAUGGUGGGGAGCACACACUGAUGCUUAGUCAGGCCUUCCCAGAGGACGCAGGUGUCUAUAGCAUUGUGGCAAAGAAUGACGCUGGAGAGGCCACAAGCUCUGCUCCUCUCGAUGUUGAGGUGCCAGAGGUGAUUACACCUAUUUCACCUCCCCAACUUGUUUUCCCAAUUUCCGACAUGACUGUUGAUGAGGGAGAUUGUGCGAAAUUCAAGUGCAAUUUCACUGGAGAUGACUUGAUUAUCACCUGGCAGUGCAAAGGUCAGGAGAUUCAGAAGUCAGCCUCCUUCAAAAUGACUCAGUAUGAUGAUUAUAUCCAGCUGGAAAUUUCCAGGGUUUUCCCGGAGGAUGAGGGAGAGUACACAUGUGUUGCCCACAACUCUGCAGGAACAGCCUCAUGUUCCGCCACGUUAACUGUUCAGGCAGUUCAAGUGGAAGAGGGUGGCGAAGGAGAAGGAAGAGUGCCACCUGUUUUCAGGCGCAAGAUCCAACCCCUGGAGAUCAAUGUUGGUGAAAAGGCCAAGUUUGACUGUGACAUUGAAGAUGCUCCAGAUGUCAACUUCAAAUGGUUCAAGUCUGGCACAGAGAUUCGUCAGGGGGAGAAGUACAGGAUCAUCAGCGCUCAACUCAAGUCCUCACUGGAAGUCAUGAAGACCUCCAAUGCUGACAGCGGUGAAUUUACCUGCAAAGCCACAAACCCGAGCGGCAGUGACAGAUGUUCAGCUUACCUCACUGUGUCUGAGCGCAAAAUCCCACCAAGCUUUACCAAAAAGCCUGCAACUACUAUUGAUGAAACUGCGGGUAAAUUGGUGAAGUUGGAAGCACGGCUGACUGGUUCAUCACCCAUUAAUAUCCGCUGGCGCAAAGACAACAAGGAAAUCUCCAGCUCUGACAACGUUGACAUCUCUUUCAAGAGCAACGUGGCCCUGCUGUGCAUCAAGUCCUCUACUUGCUCAGACUCUGGCAGCUACAUUUGUGAAGCCACUAAUGAAGCUGGUACAACCUCCUGCCAUGUGACAGUGAACAUCACAGAGCAAAAGACAGCCCCAGUCUUUGACAAGCCUCUUAGGUCAGUGACUGUUAUGGAGAGUGACAAGCUCAACCUGAGCUGCCAUGUCCGUGGAUCUCCUCCUUUGAAGGUUCAGUGGAUGAAGGACAGACGGGAACUUGCCUCCUCAGCCAGCAUUAAAAUCACUUUUGUGGAUGGAACACCCAACCUGCAAAUCCUCCGCACAUCCAAAAAUGAUGCAGGCGACUACUUGUGCAAGGCCACAAAUGAUGCCGGCAGUGAAUUUACUAAGUGUAAAGUCACCAUAAAAGAUAAAACAGCAGCUCCUAAACCUGAAGCUGCUCCAGCUGCUCCAGCUGCUCCAGCUGCUGUCCCAGUGAAGCGAUUUGACAACUUGUUCUUUAUUGAAGAGCCUAAGACUGUCCAAGUAACUGAGAAGGGCACAGCAACCUUCAUUGCUAAAGUUGGUGGGGACCCCAUCCCCAAUGUGAAAUGGAUGAAGGGCAAGUGGAGACAGGUUACUCAUGGUGGUCGCAUCUCCAUCGAGCAGAAGGGCCAAGAGUCCAAGCUGGAAAUCAAAGAGGCUACCAAAUCUGACUCCGGACAGUACAGAUGUGUUGCAUCGAACACACACGGAGAGAUUGAAUGCAGUGCUGACAUGAAUGUUACAGAGAGGAAGGAGACUGGUCCUGAGACAGUGACGCUCAAGAAGACACCAUCAAAGCAGAAAAGUCCAAAGGAGGCUCAAGAAAUUAACAUUGUUGAGCUGCUGAGGAAUGUAGAUCCUAAAGAAUAUGAGAAGUAUGCUCGCAUGUAUGGAAUCACUGACUAUCGUGGUAUCCUCCAAGCUAUUGAGCAGUUGAAGAGAGAAAGAGCAGAGGCAGGUGAAAAGGAAUCCGAUGAAGAUUUGACUGCUUUCAUGGCUGAUUUGCAGAGCAAGAUGGAACAGGAGCCUGUGACACUGGUGAAGGAUAUUUCAGAUCAAAGCACACAUGAAAACAAGGACGCCGUGUUUGAAUGCGUGGUUAAGAUCAAUUACCCAGAGAUUUCUCUCUCUUGGUACAAAGACACAAAGAAGCUGUCAAGUGAUGGCAAAUACGAUGUUAAAGUGUCAGGUGAUCGCCAUACACUGAAGAUCAGUAAAUGCCAUUCAUCAGACCAGGGAAAUUAUCGGGUUGUGUGUGGACCUCACAUCUCAAGUGCUAAGCUGACAGUUCUAGAGUCAAAAGAACAGAUGCCACCUUCGGCUGAUCAAAUUCAGUUCACCAAACGUAUCCAGAACAUUGUGGUAAAAGAGCGACAAUCAGCAACUUUCGAAUGUGAGCUGUCCUUCGACGAUGCCACUGUUACCUGGUAUAAAGACUCAUGGGAACUGAAAGAGAGCCCAAAGUAUACCUUCAGGUGUGAAGGAAGACGUCACUUUAUGAUCAUCCGCAAUGUAACUGCUGAAGAUGAAGGCGUAUACUCAGUGAUUGCACGAUUGGAACCCGUUGGUGAAGCUAAGAGCACAGCUGAGCUUUAUCUGUCAGGCAAAGAAGUUAAUUUAGGAAGGGUUCCUCAAGAUGUCCCUGAUACAUCAAUACAAGUUCCUGAAGUGUCCUCCUCUAUAGUUAGUUUUAAAGAAGAGACUUCAGAAUACUAUCACUGCGAACAAAAGACAGAAAUAACAGCGGUUGAAAGUUGGACUGUUCAAGAGGAAACAGUGAUUGAGCUCUCUUCAGUUAAAGAAACAAUGAAACCAGUUGAAGAAACUGUUCCAAAAACAACGGUGGGGGUGAGAGAAGAAAAGCCAGUGAAAGUACCUGAGGUGAAGAAGCCAGAAGAGAAACCUGUAACAGCAGUGUCACAGGAACCUGCAAAACCAGCCAAAGUACCUGAAGCCAAGAAGCCUGUGGAAGAAAAGGUGACUCCAGUUAAAACUCCUGAGCAAAAAGAGAAACCACCAACCAAAGCCAUGGAAUUUAAACCACAGGCACCAUCUGAGCCAGUUGUAGAAUCCAAGCCUGAACCCGCAGCUGCUCCCAAGGCUGAGCCCAAGCCUGAACCAAAGCCUGAACCUAAGCUGGAACCUAAGGCUGAACCUAAGGCUCCACCAAAGCCUGAACCAAAGGCUCCACCAAAGCCUGAACCUAAGGUGGAAGUGAAGGCUGAACCUAAGGCUGAGCCCAAGGCUGCAGCUAAGCCUGAACUUAAGGUUGAGCCCAAAACUGAACCAAAGGCUGCACCACAGCCUGAACCUAAGGUUCAGCCCAAAACUGAACCAAAGGCUGCACCAAAGCCUGAGCCUAAAAUAGAACCCAAGCCAGAGCCAAAGGCUGCACCUAAGGCCGAACCUAAGGCCGAACCCAAGCCAGAGCCAAAGGCUGCACCUAAGGCCGAACCUAAGGCCGAACCUAAGGCUACACCUAAGGCCGAACCUAAGGCCGAACCUAAGGCUGCACCUAAGGCCGAACCUAAACCUGAACCUAAGGCUUCAGCUACUGAAGCACCAAAAGCUCCCAAGAAACAAGAAGCUCCAAAGCAGCCACCUAUAGGUACUAAAAAGGAGGUGGCUUCCCUGCCAAUUUCUCCUCCAGCUGAAAAACCAAAAAAGGUUGAACCAACCCCAAAAGAUGUCUCUACACCAGUUGAAAAACCAAAGGUGGAACCACCAAAAGCAGUGGUUCCUAAACCUGCUACUGUGGAGAAACAAGUUGAACCAGAAAUUGCUUCACCUAAAGUGACUCCUGUGGAGAAGAAAGCUUCACCUAAGACACCAACAGAAAUUCCUAUGAAAGAGACGGUUUCCCCUCCAGAAGGUCCGGGCGAUGCAACACAGGCCCCUGGACCAGUCAGGAAAGAUGGAACGCCAAAGGAUGAUGCUGGUCCAGGUAGAGGUAGAGGACUGAAACCGAGACAAACACCAUCCCCUGGUGAGGGUGGCAGAGGCAGAGGACUGAAGCCUGGUGCAGGCAAACCACCUCCUGAGGAGCCAGCUUUUGCUGGUUUUAAACUGAAGGCAGUGCCGCUGAAGUUCACCAAACCACUGAAAGAUAUUGAGCUGAAAGAGGCGGAGUCUGAUGUUGGUGCCUCUGCUGUGUUUGAGUGUGAGCUGACCCCCUCCACUGCUGUAACCACAUGGAUGAAGGACGGCAGCAACUUGAGGGAGAGUCCCAAGCACAAGUUCACUUCUGACGGCAAGGACCGUAAGCUGACAAUCAUUGAUGUCCAGCUUGCUGACGCUGGUGAAUACACAUGUGUUGCCAAGAAUGCAGGCAAAGAGGCCACUUCUGUUGCCAAGCUGAUUGUUGAAGAGCUGCCAGUUAAGUUCACUAAGACUCUUGAAGAAGAAACAUCUGCUCUCAAGGGUCAGCCUCUGUACCUUACGUGUGAGUUGAACAAAGAGAGAGACGUGAUAUGGAAGAGGAAUGGAGAGGUACUGAAACCAAUAACUGGAAAGGUCCAUAUCAAUGUCAUCGGAAUGCAACAUGCAGUGACAAUUCAAAAAAGUGAUGAAGACGAUACCGGUGUUUACAGUUGCGAAGUGGCUGACAUUUCCACCAAGACAGAUGUCAAAGUAAUCGAAAUCAUCAAAGACUGGAUUGUAAAGCCACUGAGGGAUCAGCAUGUCAAACCCAAAGCUCGUGCUGCCUUCAAGUGUGAGCUCUUCAAGGAGACUCCCAACUGGAAGUGGUUCCAUGGAGACACAGAAAUUCCAAAAGAUCCCACAGACAAGACUGAGGUUAUUAAGGAUGGCAAAGAGAUCACUCUGAACAUCAAAAAUGCGUCCCCUGAUGACAUUGGGGAGUAUUCCUUGGAAGUUGAGGGACGUAGAUAUGCUGCAAAGCUGACACUUGGAGAACGUGAGGCUGAGAUUCUGAAGCCCGUUGAAAGUGUGGAAAUUGUUGAGAAGGAGGAAGCUCACUUUAAGUGUGAAAUCUCUGAGGAUGAUAUUCCUGGAGAAUGGAAACUCAAGGGACAAGUUCUGACUAGAUCACCGACAUGUGAUAUCAGAAUGGAGGGAACAAAGAGAUUCCUCUCUCUAAAAAAUGUCCAGCUUGAUCAAGCUGGUGAAGUGUCUUACCAGGCUCUGAAUGCCAUAACAAGUGCAGUGCUCACUGUCAAUGAGGGUGCUGCUCGUUUUGUGGUCAAACUGCAAGAUUACACAGCAGUCGAGAAAGAUGAAGUCACCCUGGACUGUGAGUUGAGUAAAGACGUCCCCGUGAGGUGGUACCACAAAACGACCGAACUUAAGGCCUCCAAGAUGGUGGCAAUGAGAGCCGAACUCAACAGAAGGACUCUGACAAUUAAGAAGGUGGAAAGCAAAGAUGAGGGAGAGUAUACUUGUGACUGUGAGACAGACACGACAAGUUGCAGCAUUAAAAUUGAAGCACGUGACAUCAAAGUUGUUCGGCCCAUGUAUGGUGUUGAGCUCUUUGAUGGAGAGACAGCCCGCUUUGAGGUUGAAAUUUCUGAAGAUGAAGUCCAUGGCCAAUGGAAACUGAAGGGAGAAGUCCUGACUCCAUCCUCUGAGGUGGAAAUUAUUGAGGAAGGCGUAAAACACACUCUCACACUGUACAACUGCAAGGUGGCCCAAACUGGAGAGAUCGCCUUCCAGGGCGCAAAUGCCAAGUGUGCCGCCAAUCUGAAAGUGAAAGAACUUCCAAUCACGUUCAUCACUCCUCUGAGCGAUGUGAACGUAUACGAGAAAGAUGAAGCAACGUUUGAGAUUGAAUUGUCCAGAGUACCCAAAACCUUCCGCUGGCUCAAAGGCUCGCAGGAGCUGGAAGCUGACGACAAGUUUAAGAUCCAACAGAAGGACAAGGUGUUCAUUCUUGUGGUGAAAGCUGCUGCUUACGAGGAUGAGGCCAAGUAUACCUUUGAGGCUGAGGACAAGCGAACCAGUGCAAAACUGGUCAUUCAAGGCAUUCGUCUUGAGUUUGUCAAGCCUAUCAAGGAUGUAACCGUGAAGGAGCGCGAGACUGCAGAGUUCAAAAUUGAGCUUUCCCAUGAGAAAAUCCAGGUGGCUUGGUACAAAAACGACAAGCGUCUGCACCCCACCAAAUUGGUGCACAUGUCAGAGCUUGGCAAGGUCCACACCCUCUCCUUCAAGGAAGUGUCCAUUGAUGACACUGCCAUGAUUAAAGCAGAGGCUCUUGGAAAGACCUCAGAGGCCAUGCUCACUGUUCUGGAGGGAGAUGUUUACUUUACCAACAAACUGCAAGACUAUACUGCAGUGGAGAGGGAUGAGGUUGUGCUCAUGUGUGAAGUCAGCAAGAGCUCUGCUGAGGUUAAGUGGUUCAAGGAUGGCAAGGAGAUUGUGCCCUCCAAGAGCGUCCAAAUUAAAUCAGAUGGAAAGAAGCGUAGUCUUACAGUAAGGAAGGCUGAGAAGGCCAACAUUGGUGAAUACACCUGCGACUGUGGCUCAGACAAAACCACUUCUAGGCUGAACAUUGAAGAUCGUGACAUCAAGGUUGUGCGCCCCCUGUACAGUGUUGAGGUAACAGAGACAGAAACUGCCCGAUUUGAGACUGAGAUCUCUGAGGAAGAUGUCCACGGCAAUUGGAAGCUCAAGGGAGAAACCCUGCACCAGUCUGCUGAUGUUGAGAAGAAGGAGGAAGGCAAGAAGCAUAUCCUUAUCCUCUACAAUGUGCGCAUGGACAUGGCUGGUGCAGUGGAUUUCUCGGCUGCCAAUGCUAAGUCUACUGCACAGCUUAGAGUUAAAGCACGAACAGUCAGCGCCACAAGGCCUCUGAAGGAUGUUACAGUCACUGCUGGGGAGACGGCCACCUUUGAAUGCGAACUUUCCUUCGAGGGAAUAGCUGUUGAAUGGGUCCUCGCCGGACAGAAACUUGAGCCGAGUGACAGAGUUGUGGCCAGGUCAGAGGGCAGGUUGCACACACUCACACUCAGAGAUGUUAAACUGUCUGAGGCUGGAGAGAUAUUGAUGACAGCAAAGGAUUUCAAGACCAAGGCACAACUCAUUGUGAAUGAACCUGCCGUUGAGUUCAGCAAACCUCUGGAAGACCAGACGGUUGAGGAGGAGGCCACUGCCACCAUGGAGUGUGAAGUGUCCAGGGACAAUGCAGAGGUCAGGUGGCUGAGAGAGGGACAGGAAAUCCGCAAAACCAAGAAGUAUGACAUGGUGGCCGAAGGCCGUAUCAGGAGGCUCAUCAUCAAGGACUGCUCGCCCGAUGACUCCAAGAUGUACACAUGUGAUGCCAAGGAGUUUAAGACCUCUGCCUUCCUCAGUGUUGAACCACCCCAUGUUGAGUUCUCCAAGCCUCUUCAUGAUGUUGAGGUUAAAGAGAAGGAAUCUGCCAGAUUUGAGUGUGAAGUGUCACGUGAGAAUGCUAAGGUGCGCUGGUUCAAGGAUGGCAGUGAGAUCAGAAAGGGAAAGAAGUAUGAAAUCAUUGCCAAGGGAGUACAGCGUAUUCUUGUUGUCACAAAAUCUGUGUUUGAUGAUGAAGCUGAAUACGAAUGUGAUGCAAGGACUGCCAAAACUUCUGGCAUGCUGACUGUAGUUGAGGAGGAGGCAAGAUUCUCAAAGAAUCUGUCCAACGUUGAGGGAACAGAAACAGACAGUGUAAAAAUGAUCUGUGAAGUAUCCAAGGCCAGUGCAGAGGUCGUCUGGUACAAAGGUGACGAGGAGCUGCCUGAGGGUGGUAGAUACGAGCAGAUCCAAGAUGGCCGCAAGAGGAUCCUUAUCAUUCAGGAUCUGCGCAUGGAUGAUGUCGGAGAAUACAACUGCAGACUACCUAACUCUAAAACAUCAGCUAAUCUGAAGCUCAAUGAACUGGCUGCUGAGUUUAUCUCCAGGCCAAAGCCCCAGGAGGUGGUUGAAGGUGAAAAGGCAGAGUUUUCGUGUUCCGUCUCCAAAGACACACACGAGGUCAAAUGGUUCCGAGGUGACAAGGAACUUCAGGCAGGCGAUAAGUAUGACUUUGUCUGUGACGGCAAGAGAAGAUCGCUCGUGAUCAAGAACUGUGAGCAUCAGGAUGAGGGAGGCUACACCGCUUUCAUUGGCACAGUCAAGGCAUCAGCCGACCUGACUGUAAUUGAGAAACUCAGGAUUGUCACACCUCUCAGAGACACACCAAUGAAGGAGGGAAUGGAGAUUUCUCUCAACUGUGAGGUCAACUCUGAUGGAGCCAAAGCAAAAUGGCUGAAAAAUAAUGAGACCAUAUUUGAGAGUGGCAAAUUCAUCAUGACUCAUAGGGACACCGUUUUCUCCCUGAGAAUCAAGAACGCUGAAAAGGCAGAUGAAGCUGAGUACACCAUAACACUGGCAAACCAGCGUGGUGAACAAGCUUCUUGUUCUUGCAAAGUCUCUGUAGAAGAGGAACAGCUCAAGAUUAUUGAGCCUCUUGAGGACUGUGAAACACAGGAGAAGAAGACCAUCACAUUCACAUGCAAGGUGAACAGACCAAAUGUAACAGUGAAAUGGAUGAAGGGUGGUCAGGAGAUCACCUUCAGCAAGCGUAUCCUGUACAGGGUGGACAACAAGAAGCACACACUCACCAUUAAAGACUGCAUCAUGAAUGAUGAAGGUGAAUACGCCGCCGUGGCUGGAUCCGACAAGUCAACAGCCGAGCUGAUCAUCAGUGAGGCACCUACUGACUUCACUGGACAGCUCAAGGACCAGACCAUCACAGAGUUUGAGGAGGCUGAGUUCUGCUGCAAGUUGUCCAAAGAGAAAGCUAGCGUCAAGUGGUAUAGAGAUGGCAGAGAGAUCCGUGAAGGACGAAGGUACAGAUUUACGAAGGACGGAAAGAAAUGCAGUCUUUUCAUCAAGAACUGCAGGCCCGACGAUGAAUGUGAAUAUGCCUGUGGUGUGGAGGAAAGAAGAACCAGGGCUAGACUCUUUGUUGAAGAGACCCCUGUGGAGAUUGUUAGACCUCCUGCAGAUGUGUUUGAGCCUCCAGGCUCAGAUAUUGUGUUUGAGGCUGAGCUGAACAAAGACAGGGUGGAGGUCAAAUGGAUGAGGAACAACAUGAUCAUUGUCCAAGGUGACAAGUACCAGAUGUUGAGCGAGGGCAAAGUUCAUCGACUCCAAGUCUGUGAAAUCAGACCUCGUGACCAGGGAGAAUACAGAAUCGUUGCCAAAGACAAGGAUGCCAGAGCCAAGCUUGAGCUGGCUGCUGUGCCAAAGAUCAAAACUACUGACCAGAACCUGGUGACAGAUGCUGGAAAGCCUUUUGUCAUGUCUGUUCCAUAUAAUGCCUACCCACGUGCUGAGGCUGAGUGGUUCUUCAAUGACUCCAGCUUGCCAUUCCAGAACGUCGAUACCUCUGUAGAGAGAACUGACUACAGACUGAAAGACCCCAAGAAGGCAGACCAGGGCCGUUACAAGGUCGUGAUCAAGAACAAACAUGGAAAGGGAGAGGCUUUCAUCAAUCUGGAUGUCAUUGAUGUUCCUGGGCCCGUCAAGAACCUGCAAGUGGUUGACACCUCUGAUGGAGAGGUCAGCCUUGCUUGGGAGGAACCAGAGAACGAUGGUGGCAGCAAGAUCAUUGCUUAUGUUGUGGAGAGACGAGAUGUCAAACGCAAGACAUGGACUGUGGCUACUGACCGUGCUGACAUUCCAGAAUACUGUGUUGGCGGACUGAACAGGGACAACUUCUACCUCUUCCGCGUCUGUGCUCGCAACAGAGUCGGACAUGGAGAAACCGUUGUUACGGACAAACCUGUUCAGGCUAAGAACAUGUUUGAUGUUCCUGAUGCUCCUCAGAACGUUAUGGUUGGAAUCGUCAAUAGGUAUGGUGCCACUGUCUCCUGGGAACCUCCACAUUCUGAUGGAGGAUCUGAGAUCACAAACUACGUAAUUGAGCUCCGUGACAGGACCGCUGUGAAGUGGGAAGCUGCAAUGGUGACCAAGGCUUCAGAUCGCACUGCAACACUCACUGAUGUUGUGGAGAACAAGGAGUACAUCUUCCGUGUCAGAGCAGAGAACAAGGCCGGUGUUGGCCAGCCAAGUGCUGCCACUGAUCCAGUGAAGAUCAUGGACCCCAUUGAGAAGCCAAGUCCACCACUGAACUUCAACCACUCACAUCAAACCAAGAACUCUGUGCAGCUUGACUGGGAGACUCCCAUGAACAAUGGAGGCAGUAUGAUCACAGGCUACAUCAUUGAGAAGUGUGAGGAGGGUUCAGACAAAUGGCUGAGAUGCAAUGCUAGGCUCUGCCCAGACCUUUGCUACAAGGUAUCUGGACUGAAGGCUGGACAGAAGUAUCUGUACAGAGUAACUGCAGAGAAUGCUGCUGGAGUUUCUGACCCAGCCGACACACUGGGACCCCUCUUGGCAGACGACCCACAUUCUGCUCCAACAAUGGACCUCAGUGGAUUCAGAGAUGGCCUAGAGGUUAUGGUUCCUCAUGCUCUUAUAAUCCGGGUCCCCAUCAAUGGAUACCCCACACCCAAAGCAAAAUGGUGCUUUGGUGAUAAGGAGCUGAGUCCUCAAGAUGAACGUGUGACCAUGACAACUAAGCAGACCUACACAGAACUGGUCAUAACCCCAAGUGUCCGUCCAGACAAAGGAACAUACACUCUGACCCUGGAGAAUGAUGUCACCUCUAUCUCUGGAGAGAUUGACGUCAAUGUCAUUGCCGCUCCAAGUGCACCCAGGGACUUCAAGGUUCCUGAGGUCACCAGACACCAUGUGCACCUCUCAUGGGAGGCUCCAGAGCAUGAUGGUGGCAGCCCUGUCAUUGGCUACCAGAUUGAGAAGCGUGAAACGUCCAGAAAGACCUGGGUCAAGAUCAUUUCUGGAGUGCAGGACCUGGAAUACACUGUCACUGAUGUCAUUGAGGGCAAAGAGUAUUUGUUCAGUGUUACCGCUUGCAACAAAUGUGGCCCUGGUGAACCAGCAUACAUUGAUGAGCCUGUCAAUGUCUCCUCACCAGCAACUGUUCCUGAUCCACCGGAGAACCUUAAAUGGCGGGACAGGAGUUCUAAGGGCAUCUUCCUUCAAUGGGAACCUCCUAGAUAUGACGGUGGCGCAAACAUCAAGGGCUACAUUGUGGAUAAAUGCCAGCGUGGAACUGACAAGUGGGAAGCUUGUGGAGACCCCGUACCUGAGCUGAAAUACCAAGUAACUGGCCUCACUGAGGGACAGUGGUAUGCUUACCGUGUAAGGGCGGUGAACAGACUGGGAGCCAGCAGGCCUUGCCGUGCUACAGAUGAAAUCCAGGCUAUUGAUCCUAAAGAACCUCCAGAGAUUCUGCUGGAUGUCAAACUUCUUGCCGGACUGACUGCCAAGGCAGGAUCAAAGAUUGAACUCCCAGCUGAUGUGCUUGGCAAGCCUGAACCACGGGUUAAAUGGACCAAGGCUGACCUUGUCCUUAAACCUGAGGAGAGGAUCACAAUUGACACCAAACCAGGUCAUUCCAUACUGGGCAUUACUAAGACAACCAGAAGUGACACUGCUACCUACAUUAUUGAGGCUGUGAACUCCUGUGGCCGUGCAACUGCGACAGUUGAUGUCAACAUUCUUGACAAACCUGGCCCACCCGCUGCCUUUGAUAUUUCUGACAUCACCAACCACUCCUGCUCCCUGGCCUGGAAUCCACCCAGGGAUGACGGUGGCUCUGCUGUCACCAACUACAUUGUGGAGAUGAAACUCAUUGACAAGGAGGAGUGGAAGAAACUCUCUGCCACUAUCAAAGCAACCACUUUCAAUGCCCAGAAGCUGGUGGCCUUGAAGGAGUAUGUCUUCAGAGUGUCUGCUGAGAACCAGUAUGGCAUCGGUCCUCCUGCAGAACAUGUGCCUAUAGUGGCCAAAUAUGCAUUCGAUCCUCCUGGUGCUCCCACUAGAGUUACACCCUCUGAUAUUGCAAGGGAUGCUGUGACUCUGACAUGGUUUGAGCCUGAUGAGGAUGGUGGUAGCCCCAUCACUGGAUAUUGGAUUGAGAAGUUUGAUCCAGAGAAUGACAAAUGGAUCAGAUGUAACAAGCUUCCCAUCAAGGACUCAACAUUUAGAGUGAAAGGACUGCCAACUAAGAAGAAGUACAAAUUCCGUGUCCUGGCUGAGAAUCUUGCCGGACCAGGAAAACCAAGCACAGAGACUGACCCAGUCCUGAUUAAGGAUCCAAUUGACCCUCCAUGGGCUCCUGGCAAGCCUGUCAUCAAAGACAUUGCCAAGACCUUGGCAUCUCUUCAGUGGACAAGGCCUGAGCAUGAUGGCGGUGCUAAGAUUGAGUCCUAUACCAUUGAGUUCCUCAAGAGUGGAACCGAAGAAUGGGUUCGUGCUGCCGAAGAUGUGCCUACGACUGAACACUGCUUGAAAGGACUCAUGGAAAAGCAGGAGUACUCUUUCAGAGUAAAGGCUGUUAACGUUGCUGGUGAGAGUGAACCCAGUGAGCCGAGCGAUCCAGUUGUCUGCAAGGAGAGACUCUUUGCUCCAUCACCUCCUCGCUGGAUUCAAGUGACUAACAUCACUAAGCUUGAUGCUGACCUGAAGUGGACUGAACCAAAGUCAGAUGGUGGCUCUCCAAUCACCAACUAUGUUGUGGAGAAGAGAGAUGUCAGGCGCAAGGCCUGGCAGACUGUUGACACCACUGUAAAGGAUUGCAAGUAUACAGUCACACCUCUGAACGAAGGCUCACUGUAUGUAUUCCGUGUGGCAGCUGAGAAUGCCAUUGGCCAGAGUGACUUCUGUGAGCUGGAGGACUCUGUACUGGCCAAGGAUACAUUUACUACUCCUGGACCUCCUUAUGCCUUGACUGUGGUUCAAGUGACAAAGAGACAUGUUGACCUGAAGUGGGAGCCUCCCAAUAGUGAUGGCGGGAGACCAAUUACAAAGUAUGUCAUUGAGAAGAAAGAAAAACUGGGAACACGCUGGAUGAAGUCUGGAAAGACGGCGGAACCCGAAUGCAAGUACAGGGUGACUGAUGUUGACGAGGGAACCGAGGUCCAGUUCCAAGUUCGUGCUGAGAAUGAGGCUGGUGUUGGUGAUGCAAGUGAACCAACUGAGGUUCUGACUAUUGAGGACGCAACAAGUCCACCAUCACCUCCAAUUGAGGUCAAGAUUGAGGAUGCAAGCAGAGAGCAUAUUAAUAUCACAUGGAAGGCACCAGAGAAGAACGGAGGAAGCCCAGUCACUGGUUAUCAUGUUGAAAUCUCUGAGGCUGACACUGAGAAGUGGAUGAGAAUCAACUCUCGUCCAGUCAAGGAGCUGAAAUUCAAGGCAGAAGAGGGCAUUGUUCCAGAAAAGCAAUAUGUGCUCAGAGUUCGUGCUAUCAAUGCUAUUGGUGUCAGCGAUCCCUCUGAGAUUUCAGACAAGGUCUUUGCCAAGGAUCCUGAUUCAUCUCCAACGAUUGACGUUGAGACCCAAGAGAUUGUAAUUGUUGAGGGAGAGAAAUUGCAUCUGAAGCUUCCAUACAACGCCAUCCCAAAACCAAACAUGGUUUGGAAGAAGGGAGAGACUGAGCUGAAGACUGAUGACAGGAUCACCCUGUCCUGUGAGCUGAAGACUGUGCGCUUGGAGAUGCCCAAAGUUGUGCACGCUGAUGCUGGAGUGUACACAGUCACUCUGGAAAACUCACUUGGCUCUGUCACAGGCACAGUCACUGUUAAAGUCAUUGGCCUUCCUGGACAGUGUAAGAGCAUUGAUGCCUGUGAAGUCACCAAGAACUCCUGCAAGAUCACAUGGGAACCUCCAGAGAAUGAUGGUGGCACCCCCAUCACAUCCUACGUCCUUGAAAGAAGAGAGGCUUCAAAGAAGACUUUCCUGCCUGUGAUGUUUGGCGACAAUGUUGUUGAAUUCAAAGUCAAGGAUCUUUACUUGAAUCUAGAAUAUUUCUUCCGUGUCAAGGCUGUCAACAAGGUUGGCGCUGGAGAGUAUAUUGUACUCCGCAACCCAGUUAUCACUCAGGAUCAGAAGCAGCGUCCAGACCCACCCAUUGAUGUCCAGGCCAUCAACCCUACCUCUCAGUCUAUCACAGUUACUUGGAAGGCACCAGAGUAUGAUGGUGGCUUGCAAAUCAAGGGGUACCUGUUGGAGAUGAUUGAGAAAGAUGGCGAUAGGUUUGCACCUUGUGUUGACUCUUUGGAGCCAGGUUUCACAUACACCGUCAAAGGCCUCACUGAGGGCCAGGAAUAUCAGUUCCGUGUCCGUGCUGAGAAUGCUGCUGGUGUCAGUGAGCCAUCUCGCAGCACACCUCUGACCAAGGCAGCUGAUCCUGUUGAUCCACCUAAAGUCACCCUGCAUGCCCGUGUCCAGGAUGGGCUGGCUCUCAGGAAAGGUGACGAGAUCAGGGUGGAUGCCUUCAUCUCUGGCUCGCCAUACCCAACUGUUACAUGGCUGAGGAAUGAUGAAAAUGUCAAGCAAGAAGCCAAGAAGAAGACGAUAGAGAUUCCUGUCUUCAAGAGGAAGAAGAAGACAAAGGAGGUGGAGCCUGAGCCAGAGGAGUUCCAUCCUCCUCUAGUCGACCGUUUGUCCUUUGACCAGAGCAAAAGAGGCGAGACAGCCUUAAUGGUGCGUGACUCCAUUCGUAAGGACCAUGGCAAGUUCACCAUCGUGGUGGAAAACCCCCAUGGUGUUGCUAGAGCAUCUUGUGAAAUCAACGUCCAAGAUAAGCCUGGCAGGCCAAUCAACUUUGAAUUUGAGGAGAUCAGAAACACCUCAGUUAUAUGCAACUGGGAGCCACCUCUGGAUGAUGGUGGCAGUGAAAUCCUGAAUUACAUUCUUGAGAAGAAAGACAACAAGAAUGAGGAGAUCGGCUGGGUCACCGUGAGUUCAACAGUGAAGGUCUGCAGCUGCCCUGUAACCAAGCUCAUUGAAGGAAAGGAAUACAUUUUCCGUGUUACUGCAGAGAACAAGUUCGGAUGUGGACCUUCAUACAUUUCUGAGCCACUCAUUGCCAAGAACCAGUUUGAUCCACCUGAUGCACCAAACAUGCCAAGAAUUGGGGAAGUUACUUCAAACAGUGUGGCUCUCUCAUGGCAUGAACCCAAAGACAACGGCAGCCCAAUUCUUGGCUACUGGGUUGAGAGGCGUGAGAUUAAUGGCAAAUACUGGACCAGAGUGAACCGCAACCUCCUCAGUUCACUCUCAAUCAAGGCAGAGGGACUCAUGGAAGGCCUGACAUACAUUUUCAGAGUCUGUGCAGAGAAUCUUGCUGGCCCUGGCGAGUUCAGUCCUCAGACUGAUCCUCAGAUGGCAACGGAUGCAAUUUUGCCUCCUGGCCCACCUGUUCCGAGAAUUGUUGACACCACCAACACGACUGUUAACAUCGCCUGGAAGCCUCCACUGUAUAAUGGUGGUGGAGACAUCCUUGGUUACCACAUUGAGCGCUGUCUGGUUGGCGAGAAGGACUGGGUUCGUUGCACAGAGUUCAGGUGCAAGGAGUGCAAGUACACGCUAACAGGACUGACAGAAGGCUCUGAUAUUAUCAUUCGUGUCUUCGCCGUCAAUGAUGCAGGCCAUGGCCCACCUGGAGUGACUGAACAGGUUCAAGUGAAAGAGCCUGAAGAGGCUCCAGUGGUAGAGUUAGAUGUCGCUGUGAGAAAUGGAGUUAUCAUCAAGGCUGGUGAGAGUCUGAAGUUGCCUGCCUUUGUUGCUGGUAGACCACAGCCUGAGGUUUCAUGGACCAAGGAUGAUGCUGAACCCGACAAAGAGCGUGUUGUUAUUGAAACUAUUGGAAAGAACAGCACUCUUUUCAUCAAGCAUGCUGUGAGAACAGACUUUGGCACUUACCAGAUCACUGGAAAGAACACUAGUGGAACCAAGUCUGCAUCUUGUAAAGUGGACGUUAUGGAUGUUCCUGGACCUGUGGUUGAUCUUAAGACUACUCAAGUGAACAAAAGGAUUAUAUCUAUGACUUGGUCAGAUCCACUUGACAAUGGUGGAAGUGACAUUAUGGGCUAUGUCGUGGAGAGAAAGGAUGCUAAAAUGCAUAUCUACAGACAGCCCUUGGAGACUGCUGCUUGCAAAUGUGACAUUGUUGGCCUUCUUUCGGGAGAUGAGUACAAGUUCCGUGUUGUGGCCAGAAACAAAUAUGGCCUUGGAGCACCAGUUGAGUUGGGCCCUGUUCUUGCUGCCGAUCCAUUGGGCGUGCCCUCUGCCCCAGAGAAGCUGCAUUACACUGAUAGAGGCAAGACCUGCAUCACCCUUUCCUGGCUGCCUCCUCGCAGAGAUGGAGGCAGUCCCAUUAUUGGCUACAAAGUUGAGAAGAUGAGACAGGACUCAGAUGAGUUCGACCCUGCCAAUCGUACGAUCUGCAAGGACUGUACUCUGACCGUGGAGAACCUGUCCGAGAACAUGUCUUAUCAGUUCCGUGUCAAGGCUAUCAAUGAGGUUGGAGAUGGCGAGCCAUCAAAACCCAUGUCUGCUCGCAUCCAGGAUGAUGAAAUUCCCCCAAGCGUUACAUGGCUGAAGCACUUCAAGAGAGACUCUAUCAUUGUCAAGGUCGGUGAAGCCAUUGACAUUCCAGCUGAGAUAGUAGGUCUGCCACUACCAACCUUUGAGUGGUCCAAGGAUGGAGUCGUGAUUGACAAGCCUCCUGAGACAAUGACACUUGAAACUGAGGAGAUUAACAGAACAACAAUUCACACCAAGAUCAGUAUCCCUGUGACUGUCAGACAAGAUACUGGCGCAUAUGUACUUACAGCUAAAAACAUCUAUGGCAAAGCUGAACCUAAAGUCAAAGUGGAAAUUUUGGAUCGCCCUUCACCACCAAGAGAUGUUGUGAUCUCUGAUAUCGAAUCAUCAUCCUGCUACCUCACCUGGGGUGCUCCAGAUGACAACGGUGGAAGUGAUAUAAUGAACUACAUCGUUGAAAGGCGAGAUGCCAGCAAGAAGAAGUCUGACUUUGAGCAGCUGUCAUGCGUUGUUGUUGACAGGCGAUAUGCGGUCCAUAAGUUGAAUCCCUAUGGUACCUACCAGUUCAGAAUUUUGGCUGAGAACAAGUUUGGAAUCAGCGAUGGUUGUGAAUCUGAGAAGGUUGAACUUAAGGAUCCAUUUGGUCUUCCUGGACCUCCCAGGAAUCCAAAAAUUCUGGAAUGCACCAGCAGUUCCAUGCUUGUCACUUGGGAGCCACCCAAGGACAAUGGUGGAUCUAUGAUUCAGGGCUACUGGCUGGAGAAAAGAGAGAGAGGAGCAGUGUACUGGGGCCGCGUAAACAGAGCUCCAGUCACAAAGCCUGCUGUUAAGGGACUAGAGUACAAAGUUCUUCGUCUUAUUGAAGGUUCAGAGUAUCAGUUCCGAAUAAUGGCUGUCAAUGCCGCUGGAGUUGGACCCCCAAGUGAGGCAUCUGAGGCCCGAUGCGCCGUGGAUGCCAAAAACACACCUAGUGCACCAUCAAGUCCAGAGAUUGCAGACAAAACAAAGAACAGUGUUACACUUACAUGGAACCCACCAGAAAAGGAUGGUGGAAGUCCCAUCAAAGGAUACAUUGUUGAGUACCAGGAGGAGGGUGACCUGGAAUGGAAGAGAGCAAAUAAGCCAGAAAAACUGAUUCCAGGCACAACAUUCACAGUUCCUGAUCUCAGAGAGAACAGGAAGUGCCGGUUCAGAGUCAUUGCAGUGAAUGCUGCAGGAGAAUCGGAACCAAGUGCAAGAAGUGCCGAUACCAUGGUUCAGGAUGUCCUUGUGGAGCCUGCUAUAUUUGUGGAUGUUGACGUGCAAGAGCUUGUGUCCAUCCAUGCUGGUGCACCCAUCAAAAUUCCAGUCACCAUCACUGGACGCCCUAUGCCUAAGUUCUCUUGGAACUUUGAAGGUGCUGCAGAGACUGAGAAGAAGAAUGAAGUUCAUACUCUUCCUGUGGAUGUAGAGGUACAAGACACUCAGACAACAUCAGUCAUCACAAUCCCCGAGAGUAGACAGGCACACACAGGACGUUUCAUCAUCUCUGCUGAAAAUGCAGCUGGGCAUAAGAAUGUGAAGGUCCGAGUUGCUGUACUUGAUCUGCCAGGCAUCAUCAGAGACCUGAAAAUCAGUGAUGUCACCCGUGGUACAUGUAGACUGUCUUGGAAACCACCAGCAAAUGAUGGUGGAGAUAGAAUCAAGAGCUACUUCAUUGAAAGGAAAACUGUUGAGGGUAAAGCCUGGACCAAGGUUAACCCAGCAUGUGCCAGCCUGUCUAUGCUUGUCACAGACCUCAGUAAUGGACAGGACUAUAUAUUCAGAAUUCGUGCUGAGAAUAGCCUUGGAUUUGGACCACCCUACGAAACCGAGGAGAGUACCAAAGCCAGGGAUCCAAUUCAUCCUCCUGAUCCUCCAACGAGAGUCAAAAUUAGAGAUGUUCAUAAGCGCACUGUCACACUGACUUGGAAGCCACCAAGGAAUGAUGGUGGAGCCCCUGUUACCCACUACAGUAUUGAAAGGCUGUCGUGGGACGAUGCUGACGAUGGAGAGGAUUCGUGGAGACGUAUCAACCGUCGUGAAGUUGAGGACCUUACCUUCAAUGCUGAAGAUCUUACUGAGGGUGGAGAGUUUGAGUUCCGCGUAAGGGCUCACAAUGAAGUUGGACCAAGCAGACCAUCUUCCACUGCUGGGCCCAUCAUUGUUAAAGACCAGACAAAGGCACCAUCCAUUAAACUUGAGGAAUUCCUUGAAGUUGAACAAGGAGCAGACAUCAACAUUGUGGCUAAAAUCAAAGGGUGCCCCUUCCCCACCCUCACCUGGUUUAAGGCUCCAGCUCACAAAUCAGACGCCAAGGUCGAGGUGGAGUAUGACGAGCACAUCAAUAAGAUUGUGUCUGAUGAUAGCUGCACUCUGCUGAUCCAGCAGGGCAAGAGAGAAGACACUGGGCUCUACACAAUCACAGCCAGCAACAGCCUGGGCACGGCCACCAAGGAGAUGAGACUCAAUGUCCUGGGACGUCCCGGACCACCAUCUGCGCCUAUCAAAUUUGAGGAGAUCAAGGCUGAACAGAUAACCCUGUCUUGGCUGCCUCCCAAAGAUGACGGUGGUUCAAAGAUCACUAAUUAUGUUAUUGAGAGACGCGUAACAUCUCGUCAGACAUGGAUCCCUGUGACCAGUGAGCCUAAAGAGCGCAUCUGGACAGUGGAGGGACUCAUGGAGGGACAUGAGUACAUAUUCCGUGUCAGAGCUCAGAACAAAUAUGGAGUUGGUGACCCACUGGACAGUGAACCAGAAAAAGCUAGAAAUGUUUGCCUUCCUCCGGGCCAGUGUGAAAAGCCAACUCUUUCAAGUAUCGGAAUGGAUUCAAUGACUGUGAACUGGGAGGAGCCAGAUUCAGAUGGUGGUUCCCCCAUUACAGGCUACUGGCUUGAGCGUAAGGAGACCACCUCCAAACGAUGGGUCAGAGUCACUCGCGACCCCAUCAAGCCCAUGCCUCUUGGUGUGUCACAUCAUGUGACUGAUCUCAUUGAGGGGUCUGAGUACCUCUUCCGUGUGACAGCCAUGAAUGUGGCUGGAAUGGGACCACCAAGUGUGCCUACUGAUCCAACAUUUGCUCGGGACCCUAUUGCUCCUCCUGGACCUCCUACACCCAAAGUUACUGACUGGACCAAAUCUACUGUUGAUCUUGAAUGGAUCCCACCACUGAAGGAUGGUGGAUCAAAGAUUCAGGGCUACUAUGUUGAGUACAAAGAGGAGGGCACUGAGGCAUGGGUCAAGGCCAAAGAAAAAGAAGUGAGAACAACCAGAUUUGUUAUCACUGGACUGAAGACGAAAGGCCUUUACAGAUUUAGAGUUGUGGCAUACAAUAUUGCUGGACUUGGAGAACCUGGCGAGAUUCCUGAAGCCCUUGAAGUCAAGGACAGGACAAUUUCCCCUAACAUCGAGCUCGACCUGUCAGUGAAGGAGAGGAUGGUUGUUCACGCUGGAGGAGUCAUUCGCAUCCUCGCCUAUGUAACUGGCCAGCCUCCACCCACAGUCACAUGGAACAGAGAUGAUGCUGCUAUACCAUCGGACGCUGUUGUUGAGACCACUGCCAUCAGCUCCUCUAUGGUAAUCAAGCCAUGCACCAGGAAACACCAGGGCACCUACUCUAUCACCGUGAAAAAUGAUGGUGGAGAGGUGAAGAGAGCCAUUGUUGUUGAUGUUCUGGAUGUUCCUGGUCCAGUGGGUAUUCCAUUUGUACCAGAACACCUGACCAGUGACUCGUGCAAGUUGAACUGGCAUUUCCCAGAGGAUGAUGGUGGUUCUGCCAUCACCAACUAUGUGAUUGAGAAACGUGACGCUGAGCGUAAAGGUUGGACAUCACUCCAUUAUUCCCUCUCCAGACACAGUGCUGUGGCACACAACCUUAUUAUUGGAAAGGCCUACUUCUUCCGAGUUGCAGCUGAAAAUGCCAUUGGACUGGGUCCAUUCAUCUCCACCACUGCAGAGAUUAUCAUCAAAGAUCCAAUUACUGUGCCAGAGCGUCCAGAGGACCUUCAGGUGACAGCCAUUUCUAAAGACCACAUUAGUGUCACUUGGAAACCACCAAAGAGUGAUGGUGGUGCCGAGGUCACUUCCUACAUUUUGGAGGCCCGUAUGAUUGGCAAAGACAAAUACGUCAGACUCACCAAAGAGAAACUGAUGGACAGAAGGUACACCUAUGAUGGUCUGCGGGAAGGUGACUCUUAUGAAUUCCGUGUCAGCGCAGUGAAUGAAAUUGGUCCGAGCAAGCCAUCCUUCUGUACUAAAGCAAUCACAUGCAGAGAUGAACUAGAACCUCCAACCAUCGAGCUUGACUUCCGUGACAAAGUAAUCAUUCGCGUUGGUGAGAGCUGUGCUCUUCUGGGUCGGUACACUGGAAAGCCUGCGCCUUCUGUCACUUGGUCAAGAGAUGAUGAGGACUUGAAAGCCGAUGAGCAUAUCAAGUUCAAGAAUACUCUGACUACCAUGUGUCUUGGUCUCAUGAAGGCUAAGCGUGAACACAGUGGCAGAUACUGUGUGACUGUGGAGAACAGCACUGGGUCCCGCAAAGGCAUUUGCAACGUCACGGUUGUUGAUCGUCCAACGCCUCCACAGGGUCCAGUUGUCUUUGAGGAGGUCCACAGAGACCACAUGGUAAUUUCUUGGAAGCCUCCUCUUGAUGAUGGUGGAUGUGGAAUUUCCAAUUACAUUGUUGAAAAGAGAGAUAUCAACAGAGACAUGUGGACUUCUGUAACAUCUGCCACAACAAAAACAACAUGCAAAGUGCCCAAACUCCAGGAGGGACGUGAAUACAUCAUGAGAAUCUCUGCCGAGAAUAUGUAUGGCAUCAGUGACCCACUAGAGUCUGAGGAGAUGAGAGCUAAAGAUCGUUUCAGAGUACCUGAGGCACCUAAUGAACCCAUUGUAAGGGAGGUAUACCAUGACAACUGCCUAGUCCUUUGGAACAGACCACGUGAUGGUGGCAAGCCCAUCACCAAUUAUAUCCUUGAAAAGAAGGAGCCAUCUGCAAAGAGAUGGAAUCGUGCUACAAGGGAGCCUUUAUAUCCAAACACUCAGUUCCGCGUGCAGGAUCUUGUUGAAGGCUGCACGUAUGAAUUCCGUGUUACAGCAGAGAAUGAAAUGGGCAUUGGUGACCCAAGUCCACCUUCAAAGCCAAUCCUUGCAAAAGAUCCAAUUGUUCUUCCAAGUCCUCCAGUCCUGCCAGAAGCUGUUGAUAAGACCAAGGAUACAGUGAGUCUGUCGUGGCGUGUACCUCGUCACGAUGGCAAAGGCAGACUCUUUGGGUACUUGGUUGAAUAUCAAAAGCCUGGUGCCGUUGAAUGGCAGAAGGCUAACGAGACUCCUGAAGAAUGCCCAGACACAAAGUUUGUAGUUACCAAUCUGAUUGAUGGAAAUGAAUAUAGGUUCAGGAUCAAGAGUGUGAAUGCAGCUGGAGCCUCUGACCCUGCAUAUGUCAAGCAAGACAUUAAAGUCCAUGACAGACUUGAGGAACCUGAGUUGCUUCUGGAUGCCAAUAUGUCUCGUGACCAUCUUGCUAUGGUGGGAACAGACAUUGUCCUUAGUGCUACAAUCAAGGGUAUGCCUAUUCCUACUGUUGCAUGGAAGAAGAAUGGCGAGGAAUGUCCAGCCAAGUGCAUCAUUGGGGUCACAGCAACUGGAAGCAAAUUAGAAAUCCGUAACUGUGAUCGCAGUGACAGUGGCAAUUACACAAUAACUGUGGAAAAUGCAGCUGGAACAAAGACUGCCACUUGUGCAGUGCUCACCCUCAAAAAACCUGAUCCUCCUCGCAAUCUGACGGUAUCUGAGAUCACAAGUGAAUCUGCCUAUCUUUCCUGGAAAGCCCCAGAGGAUGAUGGUGGAGCUGUGAUUUCUCAUUAUGUAGUGCAAAAGAAAGAUGUUGCAUCUGACCAGUGGGUGCCAGUCAAUGCUUCCUGCAAGAAACUUAGCCUUAUGGCCUUGUAUCUGAUGGAGGGAGUUCAGUAUUUAUUCAGGGUGUGUUCUGAAAAUCAAUUUGGCAAAAGUGCAUUCGUUGAAACCAAACAGCCUGUUAAGGCUCUUGAUCCACUUUAUCCACCCGGUCCACCAAGGAAUUUGCAUCAUACUGAUGUAGAAAAGACUGAAGUUUGGCUUCAGUGGGAGUGGCCAGAACGCACUGGAGGAAGUGAAAUCACAGGAUUUAUUGUUGAGCACCAAGAGGAAGGACAGACUGACUGGGUCACCUUCAAAACAGUCAGUGACGCUAAGAGCCAUGUGACUGGACUCGUAGAGGGCAAGACUUACAGAUUCCGUGUAAAAUCACAAAAUGCCAUUGGCAUUAGUCAACCUGAUACCAGUGUUCCAGUGACCUGCCAAGAAAAGCUUUUGGCACCAGCAAUUGAGGUUGAUGUGAAGCUUAUUGAGGGUCUCAUUAUCAAAGCUGGCGGUACACUAGUCUUCCCAGCUGUCAUGAAAGGAAUCCCUACUCCCACGGCCAAAUGGACAAGUGAUGGUAAUGAAAUGAAGACGGAAGGCAAAUUCAAAAUUGAAACUGACGGAACAUCAACAACCCUUAGCAUCAGUGAUUCUACUCGCGCAGACAGUGGAGAGUACAUUCUGACCGUAGCGAACCCAGCAGGAAGCAAAUCCGUUGCUGUGCACGCAACUGUGCUUGACGCUCCUGGCCCACCAAUUGGUCCUGUUGCAAUCCUUGAGGUUGCUCCUGACCAUAUGGUCAUCAGUUGGCGUCCGCCAAAGGAUGACGGAGGUACUCCAUUGAUGAGUUACGUAGUUGAGAAAAAGGAUGUCAAGAAGCCUUGGGAGCCUUGGUCAGUCGUCAGCUCAGGAAGCAUGAGCUUAAAAGCCAAGGUUCCUCGUCUGGAGAAGGGCCGUGAAUAUAUUGUGCGUGUUCGUGCAGAGAACAAGAUCGGUAUUGGUGCCCCACUCGAAAGCCCACCAACCAUUGCCAAACACAUGUUUGAUCCUCCUGGUCAACCAGGCCCACCAUCAUGUGCUGAUAUCACUGAAAAUGCUACAACAUUGUCAUGGGAUGCACCUGAGUCUGAUGGUGGCAGCCCAAUCAGUGGCUACAUUGUGGAGCGCAGAGAACUUACAGGCAAAUGGAUUAGAGUCAAUAAGACCCCUGUCCUAGAUCUGAGAUACAGAGUAUCAGGUCUUUUUGAGGGUAACAGCUAUGAAUUCAGAGUCUUUGCUGAGAACAUUGCUGGAGUGAGUGUGCCUUCACUUCCAUCUGAACCCAUGAGGGCUACACGGCCUCUUGGUCGCCCUGGUCCUCCUCAGAGCCCCAAACUGAAGGACUGGAGCAAAUCAUAUGUUGAUCUGGUUUGGAGCAAACCCACAAGAGAUGGUGGCAGCCCAGUGUUGGGAUAUGUUGUUGAGAUUCAGAAAUCUGGCAGUGCUCAAUGGGACAAGAUCAAUACAGAUCUCAUUCCAAUCUGUGCAUUCAGAGUAAACGGUCUCAUGGAAGGCAUGGAAUACAGGUUCCGCAUCAGAGCUGCCAACAAGAUUGGAGAAGGUAAACCAGCAGAGCUUUCUGAGACUGUACUUGCCAAGGAUAUCCUUGUGCCUCCUGAGGUCACUGUUGACGUGGCUUGCCGUGACCUCUUGACCGUCAGAGCUGGACAGAUUAUCAGCUUGGUGACUCGUGUAAAGGGUAGACCUGAUCCAGAGAUCACCUGGACAAAGGAUGCAAGAGCACUGGGCAGGGACAAGCGCACUGACAUCAACACCAGCUACCCCUUGGCUGAACUGGUCAUCCAAGAUGCAGUCAGAGGAGAUUAUGGAAAAUAUGCCAUUCUGGCUAAAAACAGCAGUGGCACAGCACAAGCCACUAUUGUGGUCAAUGUGCUUGACAUUCCUGGGCCAUUGCAGAAUUUGAAGACCGCAUAUGUGACCAAAACUUCCUGUAUGGUUUCUUGGGAGAAUCCAGAGGACAAUGGAGGUACAGAAAUUACAAACUACAUCAUUGAGCUCCGUCAACCUAGCCAAAGGAAUUGGACCAUGGUGUCAAAUGACUGCACAAAACGUCUUUGCAAGGCGCCUCUUACGGAAAGUUGUGAAUAUCUCUUCAGAGUUAGAGCUGAGAAUAAGAUUGGUGCUGGGCCACCAAUUGAGACAAGAGAUCCCAUUCUUGCAGUUGAUCCUGUGGACAGGCCAGGACCACCUGAGAAUCUGCUGAUUUCUGAAAUUGGUAAAACAUUUGUCUUCCUCAAGUGGAAGAAGCCAGAGAAUGAUGGUGGCAGCCGCAACCUUGCCUAUCAUGUGGAAAAGAAACUUAAAGAUUCUGAUGAGUGGGAUAGGUUACACAGAGGUGCGAUUAAAGAUACAUUCUUCAUGGUUGACAGAUUAGUUGAAAAUCAAAUCUAUCAAUUCAGAGUUCAGACAAAGAACGAAGGAGGCGAGAGUGACUGGGCAACAACUGCUGAAACACUUGUAAAAGAAGUUGUUGUGGAACCAAGUAUCAAGCUUAAGGUGGAGGGCAAAGUUGUGGUUAAAGCUGGUGACACUGUUGCUAUUGAAGCGGACGUCACUGGAACACCAGACCCAGAGAUCAGGUGGACCAAGGAGGGUUCCACUAUUGAUUUGCACAGAAGCCCCAGGAUUCAUAUUGAAGGUGGAGUUAAAUACUCCAAAUUCUUACUUACAAACUCAAGACGUACAGAUACUGGAAAGUUUGUUAUCACUGCUACUAAUCCUGGUGGAACCGCAUCUGCCUCAGCUGUGUUGAAUGUGCUUGACAGACCUGGUCCAAUAAGAGACCCAGUAAUAUCUGGAAUUUUAAUGGACAGAUGCACAUUAUCCUGGGAGAUCCCAGAGGAUGACGGUGGUUGUGACAUCUACAAUUACAUUGUUGAGAAGUGCGAAACACAGAGGGGUGUCUGGUCUGUUCAUUCAUCUGCUGUUAUUACCAACUCUGCUUUAGUUGCUCGCCUCACUGAAGGAACUGAAUACAGUUUCAGAGUGCGUGCAGAAAACAAGAUGGGAGCUGGCCCUGCAGUUGAGACUGAGUCUAUUGUUGCAAGAACACUGUUCAGUCCACCUGGAGCCCCAGAUGCACCAGAAGUUACCAAAGUUGCAAAGACUGAAAUGACAGUUGUGUGGUCUGCUCCUACUAAUGAUGGAGGAAAGCCCAUCACUGGCUACAUUCUACAGAAAAAGGAGCAACACGCUGUUCGAUGGGUGCCCGUGGCAAAAGAUCUUUCUGGAACGUCAAUGACCGUGUCUGGCUUGCUGCCCAACCAUGAGUACCAGUUCAGAGUCAAGGCUGUAAAUGAAAUUGGAAUCGGCAAUCCGAGCAAGCCUACCAGAUCACUUAUGGCCAGAGAUGCUACUGGUCCCCCUGGCCCUGUUGGUAAUUUGAAGGUGGCAGAUAGCUCAAAAACAUCUGUUACACUUGGAUGGACUAAGCCUGUUGAUGAUGGUGGUGCACCAAUUAUUGGAUAUGUAGUUGAAAUUAGAGUCCCGGAAGCAGGCAAAAAGGCAGAUGAGGGUUGGAAGAGGUGCAAUGUCGCCGCCCAGCUGAUUGCAACUGAAUUCACGGUUUCAAGUCUGGAUGAGAAUAUAGCUUAUGAAUUCCGCGUUUCUUGCCAAAACCAGAUUGGCUUGGGCCCAGCCACUAAUCUUGGGGCAGCUGUUGUACCUAGGGAGGUUCUUGAAACCCCUGAGAUUGACUUGGAUGCUGACCUGAAGAAGGGCUUGACUGUCAGAGCUGGAUGCCCUAUUAGACUGGUGGCUACAGUCAGAGGAAGACCUGCACCAAAAGUCUUGUGGAGGAGAAUGGGCAUCGACAAUGUUGUCAGGAAAGGUCAUGUGGAUAUUAUUGACACAAUGACAUUCCUUGUCAUCUCUGACACCAAUAGAGAUGAUACAGGAAAAUACACAUUGAAAGUGAACAGUCCAGCUGGGGAGAAGGCUGUUUUUGUGAACGUUAAAGUUUUGGAUACCCCUGGACCUGUGGUCAAUGUUGAAGCUACUGAUAUCAGAGUCAAUUCCUGCAUACUUUCAUGGUCUCCUCCUGAAAAUGACGGAGGCAGUCCAGUGACACAUUACAUUGUAGAGAAACGUCCAAUUGACAAAAAGACCUGGGCAAUGGUCAACACCAAUGUGGAUGUAGAAAAGGCGACUAUUAAGAUAAGCAAUCUUGUGCCAGGCACAGAAUACUACUUCAGAGUGACAGCAGCCAAUGAGUAUGGUCCUGGUGUGCCAAGAAUAUCUCCACAGUCCUAUCUGGCGUCAGAUCCAGUCAGCAAGCCAGACCCACCAGAGAGGAUUGAGGUACUGGAAAUCACCAAGAACAGUGCAACAAUUGGUUGGGUUAGACCAAUGCGGGAUGGAGGUGCCAAGAUUGAUGGAUAUGUGAUUGAAUACUUGGAGACUAAACCACCAAAGAAACCUAAAGCAGCAGAGGGUGAAGCGGCACCAGAGGGUGAAGCGGUACCAGAAGGUGAAGCGGCACCAGAGGGUGAGACUGUAGCUGCACCAGCACCUGCUUCUGCAUCUGAACCUGAGUCUGUGACUGAGCCAGAGGAUGACGAGGAUGAGGACGGCAAGCCAAAGGAGUUACCUUGGGCACCGUACACAGUUGUCAAAGGUUUAAGCAUUACCGUGGUUGGGCUUAAACUGGGGAAGCUGUAUAAGUUCCGCGUUGCAGCAAGAAAUAUAAUGGGUUGCAGUCUACCAACUGAGACCAGAGAAGCACAUGAAAUCAAGGAACUAUUGUUGGACCCCAAGAUUGUCAUGGCAGAAACAAUAACUGCGAAGGCAGGAGCUAAACUAAGAGUAGAAGCUGUUGUUUCUGGCAAGCCAGCACCUGAGGUCAAAUGGAAACGUGGAGAGGAUGCUGUUGUCUCAUCCAGUCGUCUUGCUGUGCACAAAUCUCAAAACCUCUGUGUACUCAUUAUCAAAGAAGUCUCAAGAACAGACAGUGGUGUAUAUAGCCUUGUUGCUGAAAACAGCUGUGCCACUGUACAAGAAUCAAUCAAAAUUGUUAUUCUAGAUAUCCCUGGACCACCUGAGCCUCCAUUUGAGGUCAGUGACAUUGAUGCCGAUGCCUGCACACUGUCCUGGAAUGCACCAUUGGAGGACGGCGGAAGCAAAAUCACACACUAUGUGGUUGAGAAAUGUGAUCUCAGUAGAGGUGACUGGGUCACAGCGACAACUUCCCCUGGCAAGACUGGCUGUAGACUUGGCAAACUUAUCCCUGGAAAGGAGUAUGUGUUCCGUGUUCGUGCUGAGAAUCGUUAUGGUGUCUCCGAUCCAAUUACAUCUGACAGAAUGAUUGCCAAGUUUCCCUUCAAUGUUCCUGGUGAACCCCUGAACUGCCGCAUCACCAAAAUCAACAAAGACUGUAUGUUUGUGGCUUGGGACAAGCCAGAGUCUGAUGGUGGUAGCCCCAUUACUGGAUACUACAUUGAGCGUAAAGAGAGGAACAGCCUGCUUUGGGUUAAGGCUAAUGACUCAGUUGUUCGCACAACAGAAUAUCCAUGUGCUGGCCUCAUUGAAGGUCUGGAAUAUAAUUUCAGAGUGUCUGCCAUCAAUCGUGCUGGCCAGGGCAAACCUAGCAAAAAGACUGACUUUGUUACUGCAAGAACACCUGUUGAUGCACCCGGUAAACCAGAGCCUCUUGAUGUGACCAAGAACAGCAUUACACUAGUCUGGACCAAACCAAAGAAUGAUGGUGGAAGCAAGCUCAUUGGGUAUUAUGUUGAAGCCAUGAGACUGCCUGAAGACUUAUGGAUUCGUUGCAACACAAGCAGCCAGAAUGUACCAAGAGAGGAGUACAGGGUUACUGGACUGGAUGAGAAUGUCAAGUACCAAUUCAGAGUUAUUGCAAAGACAGCUGUGAAUAUUAGCAGACCGUCUGAGAUCUCUGAUCCCAUCCUUGUAUCUGCUGAGAAUGUACCUCCAAGAAUAGAGCUCCAGAUUCAGAUGAAAAAGAUGCAGCCUGUUAAAGCCGGAAGAGAUGUCCGUCUUCAGGCUGAAAUCUUUGGUAAACCACUGCCAAAGGUUACAUGGAGUAAGGAUGGACAAGUCUUGAAGGGGGACUUCAAUCUGAAGCUGACGCAGGAUCGAAAUCUCUAUGGUUUGGAGAUGGCUCAAGUGGCUAAAAAACAAUCUGGCGUGUACACCAUCCUUGCUGAAAAUGCAAGUGGCUCCAAGACUGAGGAAAUAACACUUACUGUCUUAGACAUUCCUGGACCACCAGCUUCUGUCAAAUUUGAUGAGGUGCUGGCAGAAUCCAUCAAGUUGAGCUGGGAACCACCCACUGCUGAUGGCGGUGCACCUAUUACUAACUAUGUUGUUGAUAAACGUGAAACCAGCAGGGCUGAAUGGGCCCAGGUCUCUGCCAAAAUCAGUGGUCAGGUCACUGAAUGCACAGUGCACAGACUGAUUGAGGGACGUGAAUAUCAGUUCCGUGUCCGUGCUGAAAACAAGUUUGGUGCUGGAGAUGCCAUCCUCUCAGAUCCUGCUGUUGCCAGGAAUCCAUAUACUGCCCCUGGACCCUGUGAUCCUCCCGUAAUUACCAAUGUCACAAAAGAGAAGAUGACUGUAAGUUGGAAGGAGCCAUCAGAUGAUGGAAAGUCUCCCAUCACUGGAUUCAUGCUUGAAAGGAAACAAACUAAAGAAAUGAAAUGGACAAAACUUAACAGAAAGCCACUCAUUGAGCGAACCCUUGAGGUUACCGGUCUCUCAGAGGGAACUGAAUAUGAGUACAGAGUUAUUGCUGUGAAUCUUGCUGGUCCUGGAAAACCCAGUGAACCAUCUGUUGGUGUCUCAGCAGUGGAUCCUGUGUUCCCUCCUGGUCCUCCUGUUUCACCAACCGUUUUGGACACAACAAACAGCACAAUCAGGCUAUCCUGGACAAAGCCAGCAAAUGAUGGUGGAGCUCCAAUCCUGGGCUAUCUUGUAGAGUGCAAGAGAUUAGACACGAAAGACUGGAUAAGAUGCAAUGUCCCCAAGAAUCUCCAGGACACCCAUUAUGUUGUCAGUAACCUUUUGACUAAUAGUCAGUAUCAACUGCGUGUGACAGCUGUCAACAAAGUGGGUUUCAGUGAGCCAUGUGAAGUCCCAGACAAACCUAUUGUCAAAGAUGUUUUGGUGGCUCCUGAAGCUAUACUUGAUGCAGAGCUGAAAGAAUUACUGGUGUUGAAGGCUGGUUCUUUAAUGAAACUUCAUGCUACAAUUAAGGGUCGCCCAGCACCCAAAGUGACUUGGGCCAAAAUGAACACCAAUAUUAAGGAAAGACAAGGAAUCAUCAUAAAGGCAACAGAGUUAGAUACCACAGUGAUUGUUGAAAAAGUGAACAGAUAUGAUGCAGGCAAAUAUAUUUUGAAUCUUGAAAGUACCAGUGGAAUGAAGAUGUACACAAUUGUAGUCAAAGUUCUCGACACCCCGGGACCACCACUCAACCUUAUGGUUAAGGAGACCUCAAAAGAUUCUGCAUCAAUUCUUUGGGACGAGCCUAUGAUUAAUGGUGGAAGUCCAGUGACAAGCUAUAUUAUUGAAAAACGUGAUGCUGAGAGAAAGGCCUGGUCCUUGGUUUCAAAUGAUUGCACAAAAACAUCACUGAAAAUUGAUGGUUUGGAGCCAGGUAGAUCUUACAGCUUCAGAGUUAAGGCUGUGAAUGAAUUAGGCAUUGGAGAGCCAUGUGAAACUGCAGAUGCUGUGCGGGCCUCUGAACAACCUGGACCAGUCAUGGACUUCAAGCCCAUCUUGGUAACCAAAGAAUCAUGCACUCUUACCUGGAAGAAACCUAUCAGUGAUGGUGGCAGUCGAAUUAUUGCAUAUGUCCUUGAGGUUCUCAAUGGUGAUGACAACUGGAAGGAGCUAAUGAGGUCAAAGAAUAUGCAGUACAGUGGCAAAGACCUAACUGAGGGCAAAGAAUACAAAUACAGAGUUAAGGCAAUGAAUGAUUCAGGAGAUGGUCCUGAGAAGGAGCUUAGUCUGGUGGCAAAGGACACCAUUGUUCCACCAAGCUGUGAUUUGCGUGAUUUGCCCAACCUAUGCUACAUUGCCAAGGAGGGAAGCACGGUCCGUCUGAAGAUCCCUCUCAUAGGCAAACCUCCUCCAACAGCCAAAUGGGUCAAGGGUGAGGACGAAAAUCUCACUGAUACCGGCAGAGUAUCUGCUGAAUCCACAUUAGUGAAUACAACUCUGCUGAUUCGUGACUGCCAGAGGAGUGACGCCUCCAAAUACACCGUCACUCUCAGAAAUACUUUUGGAACGAAGGAGUCAACCAUUUUUGUCCGAGUAGUGGGCAAACCAGGACUUGUAGUCGGACCUAUUAAAUUCAAAGAGGUCACAGCUGAUGGUGCAACUUUGAAGUGGGGUGCACCUAAGGAUGAUGGUGGCUCACCAAUCACAAAUUACAUCCUUGAGAAAAGAGAUUCAGUCACCAACAUGUGGGUCACAGUUGCUUCAUCUGUCGAAGAACCCUUAUUCAGAGUGACUGGACUCCACGAGGGAACUGAAUACAUCUUUAGAGUGUGUGCAGAAAACAAGUAUGGAGUUAGUGAAGGUCUCAAGUCUGAGCCAAUGUUGGCCAAGCAUCCAUUCAAUGUUCCUGAUGCACCACCACCACCUCAGGUUAUGAGUAUGCGUCAUGACUGUGCCUACCUGGCUUGGUCUGAUCCAAGGAAAACUGGAGGCUCUCCAAUCACUGGCUACCAUGUUGAAUUCAAGGAAAGAAACAGCAUGUUGUGGAAGAGGGCUAACGAGACCGCUGUGAAAAUGAAAGAAUUCAUAGUGACAGGUUUCACUGAGGGUUUGGAGUAUGAAUUCCGUGUCAUGGCAAUUAAUCUGGCUGGUGUUGGUCGACCAAGUCCACCAACUGAGCCCAUGGUUGCCUUGGAUCCAAUUGAUCCCCCUGGUAAACCUGAUGUCAUCAGCAUUACAAGGAGCACAGUAACACUUCAGUGGACCGAGCCUGAGUGUGACGGUGGACACAGACUCACUGGAUACAUUGUUGAGAGACGUGAUCUGCCGUCCAAAAUUUGGGUGAAGGCCAAUAUCAUGAAUGUUGUGGAUUGCGCAUACACUAUUAAAGACUUGCAAGAAGGAUGCAAGUAUGAGUUCAGAAUCCGGGCCAAGAACUCUGCUGGAGCACUCAGCCCACCAUCUGAGCAAACUGACACUAUUGUGUGUUCAGAUGAAUAUGCUUCACCAACCAUCAUUAUCGACUCCACUGUUAAGGAGGGACUUACUGUGAAAGCUGGUGACACAAUUGUCAUAACUGCUACAAGCAUCUUGGGCAAACCUACUCCAACCUCUUUCUGGUCUAAAGGAGGAAAAACCUUUAAACCUUCAGAUAUAUGUCAGAUCGAGUCUACCAAAACAUCAUCUACUCUAUACAUCAAGUAUGCAAGCAGAAGUGAUUCAGGAGAGUACACAAUAUCUGCAAGUAAUCCAUUUGGCAUUAAAGAAGAAAAUGUCAAGGUGAAGGUAUUGGAUGUUCCAGGUCCUCCUGGGCCCAUUGAAGCCAGUGGAGUUUCAUCUGAAAAAGUCACCUUAACUUGGACAGCACCAGCAGAAGAUGGAGGAUCUGCAAUUAAGUAUUACACUCUAGAAAAGAGGGAAACAAGUCGCCUUCUCUGGACCAUUCUUGCCGAACAGGUCACUGACUGCCACUAUGUUGCUACAAAACUUGUUCAAGGCAAUGAGUACAUCUUCCGUGCCAAAGCUGUGAAUUAUUCUGGUGCUGGAGAUCCGUCACAUUCUGGGGCUGUCAAGAUUGUUGAUAACUUUGGCCCCCCUGGUCCACCUGCAAAGCCAGAAAUUGAAAAUGUAAGUGGAACCAAUAUAACAAUAGCAUGGAAGCGACCUGCUGAUGAUGGUGGCGCAGACAUAACAGGUUACCUUGUGGAGAAAAAAGAAAAGAAAGGUGUGCGUUGGAUCAGAGCAUCAAAGAAGACAGUAUCUGACCUUCAUUUUGAGAUUAAAGGCCUUGCUGAAGAAGUUGAAUAUGAAUUCCGUGUGACAGCUGAGAAUAAGGCAGGCUUUGGAGAGCCAAGCGAACCAACUAUACCUGUUAUGACAAAGGGUAUAGCAGAUGUCCCAGGUCCUCCUGUUAACCCAAGAGUUACUGACACAACAAAAACCACUGCUGAACUGCACUGGGGUAAACCACUAGAUGAUGGUGGACGUGACAUAACUGGAUACAUAGUUGAGCAUAGAAAAGAAGGAGAAGAGGAGUGGGUCAAAGCCAAAAAAGAAGGAGUGCUGAGGAUUACAGAAUUUGUUGUGCCAGACCUGCAAACUGGAGUGAAAUAUCACUUUAGAGUGAGUGCAGUGAACUGUGUGGGUGUUGGGGAGUCUACACAAAUUGAAGAUCUUACUGAAGUUGUUGAACGGGAGGAAGUUCCAGAUCUAGAGCUUGACGUCGAACUCAGAAGAACACUUGUUGUCAGAGCUGGAGGAUCUAUCCGCAUUUUUGUUCCAAUUAAAGGAAGACCAGCUCCUGCAGUUAGUUGGACAAAAGAUGAAGGACCAAUUAAACAAAGAGCCUCCAUUGAUGUUACUGAGUCUUACACUCUCCUGGUAAUCCCUGACUGCAAUCGACGUGAUGCUGGAAGAUAUGACUUGACCUUGGAAAAUGCAGCUGGAAAGAAGACAGCUAAUAUUAAUGUUAGGGUCUUAGACUCACCAGGGCCUCCUAUUAAUUUGAAACCUAAAGCCAUUGACAAGGAGAGCAUUACCCUUCAGUGGGAAAUGCCUCUUGUUGAUGGAGGAUCCAAGAUCACAAAUUAUGUUGUAGAGAAACGAGAGUCUACUCGAAAAUCAUAUGCCACUGUAAUCAUGAACUGUGAGGAAUGCUCUGUAAAAAUCCCAGAUCUGGCAGAGGGUUCUGAGUAUUACUUUAAAGUUUCUGCUGAAAAUGAAUAUGGCAUUGGUGAAGCUGCUGAGACUGCUGAUCCAAUCAGAGCAUCUCAGGCACCAACUGCUCCUCAAACUGUCACAAUCACAAAUGUCACAAAGAAUUCUGCAAGUUUGGCAUGGACUAAACCAAAACAUGAUGGUGGUAGCAGAAUUACAGGAUAUGUUAUUGAGGCUCAGAAGAAAGGUGGUGAUCAGUGGGCCCAUGUGACAACAGUGAAGUCCUUUGAUUACACAGUGAAAAAUCUCAAUGAAAAUGAGGAAUAUGUUUUCCGCAUCAUGGCUGCGAAUCACUCUGGUCGUAGUCCACCACGUCAAAGCAAGCCUGUUGUCAUCAAGGAGCAGACCACAGAACCAGAGUUUGACCUGCGUGGUAUCUGUCAGAAGAUGAUUAUUGCCAAGGCAGGAGAUGACAUAAAAGUUGAGAUACCAGUCUCUGGGCGUCCCAAACCUACAGUUUCAUGGCAGAAAGAUAGUCAAGGACUUAAGUUCACACAAAGAUUAAAUGUAGAAAAUACUGCUGUUUCUACAAUCUUGAGCAUUACUGAAUGUCUAAGAAGUGACACUGGAGCAUACACUGUUACAGGAAAGAACAUACUUGGCACUGUGUCAGAAACCUUUGGAAUCAAGGUACAGGAUGUUCCAGGACCUCCAAAAGGACCAAUCAAGUUGGACAAAAUCUCCCUCACCUUUAUUGCGUUUUCCUGGGAGACACCUGAAAAUGAUGGUGGUGUACCAAUUAAUAAUUAUGUUGUGGAGAUCAGAGAAACAACAAGUCAGACUUGGACAGAGUUAUCCACGCAAAUCAUCAGAACAACAUUCAAAGCAACCCGUUUAAAAACAGGUGUAGAAUACCAGUUCCGUGUCAAAGCUAAAAAUAGAUAUGGUGUAGGACCUCCAAUCACAUCAGAAGCAGUGGUUGCAGCACACCCAUUCAAGGUUCCUGGACCACCAGGAACCCCCAAGGUUGUUGCCUUCACCAAAGAGACAAUGACAAUUGGAUGGAAUGAGCCUGUCAAUGAUGGCGGAAGUGAAGUGCUUGGAUACCAUGUGGAAAGGAAAGAGAGGAGUGGUGUUGUGUGGUACAAGAUAAGCAAAUCUCUGGUUAAAGGAAACUUAUUUAAAUCCUCUGGACUGGAAGAUGGUAUUGCAUAUGAAUUCCGAGUGUUAGCUGAAAAUUUGGCUGGCAUCGGAAAACCAAGCCAUGCCUCAGAACCCAUGCUGGCUCUUGACCCAGUGGAUCCACCAGGUCAGCCAGUUCCAAUCUAUGUGUCAAAGAACAUUAUUACAAUUCAGUGGACAAAGCCAGAGUAUGAUGGUGGAUUCAAGAUAACUGGAUACACUGUGGAAAAGAGAGACUUGCCAGCUGGUCGCUGGAUGAGGGCCAACUUCACAAACAUCGUUGAAACAUCCUUCACUGCCAGUGGACUUACACAGGAUGCCUCUUACGAGUUCCGUGUGGUUGCAAGAAAUUCAGCUGGUGCUGUCAGUGAACCCUCUGAUCCAUCAGAUCCAAUUGUCUGCAAAGAUGAUGUUGAGGAACCCAGGAUUAUGGUUGAUGCUAUAUUCAAGGAUGUCGUUCUUGUGAGAGCUGGUGACAACUUCAAGUUAGAGGCUGAUGUUGCAGGUCAACCAUUGCCAUCCAUGACGUGGACUAAAGAUGACAAAGACGUUGAAAGAAGCUCAAAGUUGGACAUUAGAAUGACUGACCUCACAACAACACUGAUAAGCAAAGAUUCACUGAGAAAAGAUGGUGGUGAAUUUGUUUUGACUGCAUCGAAUGUUGGUGGUUUUGCCAAGCAUGUAUACAAAGUUAAAGUUCUGGACAGGCCAGGUCCACCAGGAGGACCCCUUGCUGUUUCAGACAUAACAGCCGACAAAUGCAAGAUAACAUGGACUCCACCAGCAGAUGAUGGAGGGGCUGAUAUUGAUUAUUAUGUUGUUGAGAAACGCGAGUCAAGCAGACUUGCCUGGACACAUGUUGCUUCUAAGAUAACUGAAAAAGAGUUCCAAGUGACUAAAUUAUUGAAAGGCAAUGAGUACAUUUUCAGGGUCAUGGCAGUCAACAAAUAUGGAGUUGGAGAACCUCUUGAGUCUGCUCCAACCAUUGCAGACAAUCCUUAUGUUGCACCUGAUGCACCACAAACUCCUGAAGUAUCAGCCAUCACCAAGGACUCAAUGGUACUUUUCUGGGGUGCCCCAAGUAGUGAUGGUGGAAGUCCAAUAACAAGCUACAAUAUUGAAAGAAAAGAUAAAAUUGGUCUGCGUUGGGUUAAAUGUAACAAGAGGCCUGUGACCGAGUUACAGUUCAGGGUUACAGCACUUGUCUCAGGACAUGAAUAUGAGUUCAGAGUCUCUGCUGUGAAUGCAGCUGGUGUUAGCCCACCCAGUUCCUCAAGUCCCUUCUAUAAGGCUACUGACACUCUGUAUGAACCCGGACCCCCGGGAAAUCCAAGGGUUUUGGACACAACAAAGUCUUCCAUUACUAUUGCUUGGAAUAAACCUGUAUACGAUGGUGGUUCUGAAGUAACUGGCUAUCUUAUAGAAACAUGUCCUGCUAGUUUAGCGGAAGAGGAAGAGGAAUGGACUAUUGUAUCUCCCAAAGAUGGAUUAAAGGCAACAUCAUUUACAAUUAUAAACCUAAAAGAGAAUGAUGAAUACAAGGUAAAUAUUUCAGCCAUAAAUAGUGAGGGAAUUGGAGAACCUGCAGCUGUCCCUGGCACCCCCAAAGCAGAGGACAGGUUAAUUGCACCAGAGGUUGAGCUUGAUGCCGAGCUUCGCAAAACUGUCACUCUCAGAGCCUGCUGCACACUCAGACUCUUUGUGCCAAUUAAAGGAAGACCUGCACCUCAGGCUCAAUGGACAAGAGACAAUGAUGAGCCUCUUGACAGAGCCACUAUUGAAAGUACUUCAUCUUUCAGCUCUUUAGUGGUUGGAAAUGUCAACAGAUUUGAUAGUGGUAACUACAAUUUGACAGUUGAAAACAGCUCAGGGUCAAAAACAGUCACAGUGAAGGUCAAAGUUCUUGAUACACCAGGAGCUCCACAAAACCUUAAAAUUGCCAAAAUUACCAAGGAAACGGCGACACUUGAAUGGGAACCGCCAUUGAAUGAUGGUGGCACAAAGAUCAAGAAUUAUGUAGUAGAAAAGCGUGAAGCAACAAGGAAAGCAUAUGCCACUGUCAAAGCCAACUGUCACAAGACAACAUAUACUCUAGAGAAUUUGCAAGAGGGAUGUAACUACUACUUCAGAGUCUUGGCUGAAAACGAGUAUGGAAUUGGUCUGCCAAUAGAGACUCCUGAAUCAAUCAAAGUGUCUGAAAAGCCACAACCACCUGGAAAGAUCACACUUUUGGAUGUAACAAAGAACAGUGUUACACUAACAUGGGAGAAACCUGAGCAUGAUGGAGGAAGCAGAGUGGGUGCCUAUAUUGUUGAAAUGCAGAGCAAAGGCAAUGACAAAUGGGGUACAGUUGCAACUGUUCGUGUUACUGAGGCAAUAAUUAAAAACCUUACACCUGGUGAAGAGUAUAUGUUCCGUGUUUCAGCAAAGAACGAGAAGGGAACAAGUGAUCCUCGUGUUAUUGGUGUGCCCGUUAUUGCUAAGGACCUUGUGAUUGCUCCCUCGCCAAAAUUGCAGUUCUCUACAUUCAGUGUUCUUGCUGAGGAAGACUUGACUAUUGAAGUGCCAUACAUUGCUCGUCCAAAGGCAGCUGUCUCCUGGAUUAAGGAUGGAGUCCCCAUGAAACGAACUAGUAGGGUGAACUUUUCAUCUACUGAGACAAUGUUGAAACUAUCAUUUACAGAAGCCUGCCGUGAGGAUGUUGGCCAAUACAGCAUCAAACUGACCAACACUGCUGGUGAGACCACAGUAGAUAUUGGAGUGAUUGUUCUUGAUAAACCUGGCCCACCAGCCGGUCCAGUGAAAAUAGAAGAUGUAACCUCUGAUAGUAUAACUAUUUCCUGGGCACCUCCAGAGUAUGAUGGUGGUUGCACUAUCAACGGCUAUAUGGUUGAGAAGAGAGACACAGCCACAACAAAUUGGCAACUUGUAGCUAUUAAUCUUGCAAGGACGAAGGUCAAAGCUGCGAGGUUAAAGACAGGAACAGAGUACCAGUUCAGAAUAACAGCUGAGAACAGAUAUGGAAAGAGCCCUGCUCUCGCCUCAAGCUGUGUUGUUGCUCAGUAUCCAUACAAACUUCCAGGAUCCCCUGGUACACCAUCGGUUCAUGAAUCAACCAAAGACACCAUGGUUGUUGUUUGGAAUGAGCCUGUCAAUGAUGGAGGCAGCACUAUUUUAGGUUAUCAUCUCGAAAGAAAGGAUAGAAAUAGUAUUCUCUGGGUUAAGUUGAACAAGUCUAUUAUCAAAGACACAACAUAUAAGACAACAGGCCUUGAAGCGGGUCAGGAAUAUGAGUAUAGAGUUUAUGCAGAGAACAUUGUUGGUAUUGGAAAAGUCAGCAAACUGUCAGAGGGGUACAUUGCCAGAGACCCUUGUGAUCCCCCUGGUCAGCCUGAAGCCAUUAAAAUCACAAAGGACUCUAUCAAAAUUGCUUGGACUAAACCAGAAUACGAUGGUGGAAGCAAGGUGACUGGUUACGUUGUUGAGAAGAAGGAGUUGCCAGAAGGCCGCUGGCUGAAGGCUAACUUUACCAAUGUCAUUGAAACUGAAUAUGUUGCCACUGGGUUAGUGGAGGACCAGCAAUAUGAGUUCCGUGUUAUUGCAAGAAAUGCUGCUGGAGUUUUCAGUAUGCCUUCAUAUAGCACUGGACCCAUUACGUCAAAGGAUGAAAUUGAGCCACCACGUAUCAGCAUAGACCCAGAGUACACACAGACACUUGUGAUAACUGCAGGUGAUUCCUUCAAGAUUGAUGCAGAUGUCCAUGGUAAACCAUCACCUUCAAUUCACUGGAUGAAGGGAGAAGCUGAACUUGGAAAUGCCUUAUAUCGUGAAAUAAAAAACACCGAAACCAAAGCAUGUAUUACUGUCAAAGAAGCCAAGCUUGCAGAUGGUGGGCAGUACACUCUCUUAAUAAGAAAUCCUGGUGGUGAAAAAUCAGUUAAUGUGAAUGUGUCUGUGCUGGACAAACCUGGUCCACCAGAUGGUCCCAUUGCUGUAACUGGUGUCACAUGUGAGCAGUGCUGCCUUUCUUGGAAAGCACCACUGCAGAAUGGUGGCAGUGAAAUUUCUCAUUACAUUGUUGAGAGAAGAGAGACAAGCAGACUUAUUUGGACUGUUGUUGACUCUAAGGCUCAAAGCACUUACCUGAAAAUUUCAAAACUACUUGAAGGAAAUGAAUACAUUUUCAGAGUGAUGUCAGUUAACAAAUUUGGUGUUAGUGAUCCACUGCAUUCAGAUGCUGUAAUAAUCAAAGAUCCUUAUUUGACACCUGAUACACCCAAGGGAGUUGAAAUAUCUAAUAUCAGGAAGGACUCUAUGGUAAUAACCUGGGAAGCACCAACAAUUGAUGGUGGAAGUCCUAUCACAGGAUAUGUGAUUGAGAAACAUGACAAGGAAGGAGUUAGAUGGACUCGUUGCAACCGGUCAAGAGUCACAGAUUUAACCUUCAAAGUCAAAGGACUCCUUGAAAGUCACAGCUAUGAAUUUAGAGUUGCUGCUGAAAAUGCUGUUGGUGUUGGUGAGCCAAGCGCACCUUCUGUGUUUUUCAAGGCCCUGGACCCCAUUUUCAAGCCUGGUCCUCCAAGUAAUCCUAAAGUUACUGAUAUGACCAAGACCUCAGUCAAUCUUGCAUGGGGCAAGCCUAUCUAUGACGGAGGUUGUGAAAUUCAGGGUUAUAUUAUUGAAUGCUGUGAAGCUACAGAAGAACCAGAGAAAACUGAAGAAGUAACUGAAGAGAAAACAGAGGAGAAAUCCGAGGACAAAUCUGAGGAGAAAUCUGAAGAGAAACAAGUAGUAUGGACAAUGUGCACUCCACCAAAUGGUGUCAAACACACCCGAUUUACUGUUGAAAAUCUAAAAGCAAAACAAGCAUACAAGUUUAGAGUUUGUGCUAUUAAUAAAGUAGGAGUUGGUGAAAAUGCAGAUGUAGCUGGAGCAAUAGUGCCAGAAGACAAGACAGAAGAACCAGAUCUUGACAUCGAUCCAGAGUACAGAAAGAUCAUGAGCAUCAAAGCUGGUACAUCUCUCAGAUUGUUCAUCCCGAUUAAAGGAAGGCCUUCACCAACUGUUAAAUGGGAGAAAGAUGAGGCUCCACUGAAAGAAACAGCUCAGGUGGAGGUUACAAGCACUUACACUUCUCUUGUCAUUGACAAAGUCAACAGAAAUGAUAGUGGAAAGUACAGUGUAACUGCUGAAAACUCUACUGGCUCAAGUUCUGCCAUUAUUAUUGUAAGAGUGCUUGAUACACCAAGUGCCCCGGUCAGUUUGAAGGUCAAAGAAAUUACAACAGAUUCUAUAACUCUCUCAUGGGAGCCCCCACUUUUGGAUGGUGGAGCAAAAAUUAAGAACUACGUAAUUGAAAAGCGGGAAAGCACAAGAAAAACAUUUUCCGCUGUAGCAACAAACUGCCACAAGGUGGUAUGGAAAAUUGAACCCCUCCAAGAAGGAUGCUGUUACUACUUCAGAGUUAUGGCUGAAAAUGAAUACGGAAUUGGUUUGCCUGUAGACACUGCUGAUCCGCUGAAGAUUUCAGAAGUUCCUCAAACUCCUGGUAAACUGAAUGUUGUUGAUGUGACAAAGACAACUAUCUCUCUUGCAUGGGAGAGACCAGUUCAUGAUGGUGGCAGCAGAAUUGUUCAAUACCUAGUUGAAAUGCAAGUUAAAGGCAACGAUAAGUGGUCUGGUUGUGCAAAUGUCAAGACCUUAGAGGCUACUGUCAAAAAUCUCAACCCAGGAGACGAAUAUCUCUUUAGGGUUAUGGCCAUCAAUGAAAAGGGAAAGAGUGACCCAAGAACCCUUGCUGUUCCUGUUCAAGCAAAGGACCUUGUAUUUGAACCAGAUAUAAAACCGGUAUUUAACAGCUACAGCGUUCUGGUUGGCAAAGAUCUCUCUGUUGAUGUUCCCAUUUCUGGACGUCCUAAACCAACAGUAUCUUGGAAAAAGGAUGGGGAGGGUAUGAAAGUAACUUCAAGAGUAAACAUUAUCAACACAGUGAACUGCACAACACUAAGCAUCAAAGAAGCAGCUAGAGAGGAUGGUGGCAUGUACAGCAUUAAUGUGUCUAACUCUGCUGGCCACAAGGACACAGCUAUUGAAAUCAUCACUUUGGAUAAACCCGGUCCACCAGCAGGACCUGUUAGGUUUGAUGAAGUAACUACACAAAGUGUUACCAUUUCAUGGGAUCCACCAAAGUUCACAGGAGGCUGCUCUGUUUCAAACUACAUUGUACAAAAGAGAGACACAACCACCACCACAUGGGAAAAUGUUGCAGCAUCAGUUGCAAGAACAUCCCUUAAAGUACCAAGGCUAAAAACUGGAGCUGAAUAUCAGUUUAGAAUUAUUGCUCAGAAUCGUUAUGGCAAGAGCUAUGCAUUGGAAUCUAAACCAGUGGUAGCGCAGUAUCCUUACAGAGAGCCAGGUCCCCCAGGCACUCCAUUUGUUUCACAUCUGUCAAAGGAUCAUAUGAUUGUAGAAUGGAAUGAACCUGUUUCAGAUGGAGGCAGUGCUGUUCUUGGUUAUCAUCUUGAGCGUAAAGAGAGAAACAGUAUUCUCUGGACCAAAGUCAACAAGACACUCAUUCAAGACACUAUGUUUAAAACAGCACCACUGGAAGAAAGCAUUGAAUAUGAGUUCAGGGUAUAUGCUGAAAACAUUGUAGGCAUUGGAAGAUGCAGCAAACUCUCUGAGGGAUAUGUGGCACGUGAUCAGUGUGACCCACCUGGCAUCCCGGAGCCAGUCCAUAUUAGCAAGGAUUCCAUAACAAUCCAAUGGACUAAGCCUGAGUAUGAUGGAGGAAGUGUCAUAACUGGUUAUAUUGUUGAGAAGCGUGACCUUCCAGAUGGACGCUGGAUGAAGAUUAAUUUCACAAAUGUCAUUGAAACCAACUUUGUUAUCACUGGUCUAACAGAGGGUGAGAAAUAUGACUUCAGAGUAAUAGCAAAGAAUGCAGUUGGUACAUUCAGCAAGCCAUCCUACAACAGUGGACCUAUCACUGCCCUGGAUGAGGUUGAACCACCCAAGUUCUCAAUUGACCCACAGUUCACUAAAGCUAUUGUGGUUGAUGCUGGAGAAACAUUUAAACUUGAUGCUGAUGUCUAUGGAAAGCCACCACCUACAGUUGAGUGGUUCAGGGGAGAGAAACACAUGGAAAACACCAUAAGAUGUGACAUUAAGAACACUGAAACAAGAGCAAUGAUUAUUGUGAAAGAUGCUGUCAGACAGGACAGUGGAGAGUACAUUCUACAACUGACAAAUGUGGCUGGCUCUCAGACUGUUCCAUUCCAAGUGAGGGUGCUAGACAAACCAGCACAAUGUGAAGGACCUCUUCAUAUCACUGGUGUUGCAUCGGACAGAUGUACUCUAUCAUGGAAGGCACCACUUCAUGAUGGUGGGAACCCAGUAACUCAUUACGUAAUUGAGAGACGAGAAACCAGCCGCCUUGCUUGGACAAUUGUUUCAAGUGACUGUACCACCACUGUAUACAAAAUAACCAAGCUUCUUGAGGGCAAUGAGUACAUCUUCCGUGUCAUGGCAGUCAACGCUUAUGGUACUGGCGAGUCACUUGAUUCAGCAUCUGUAAUCAUGAAAGAUCCAUUUGUACCCCCUGGUUCACCUCAAAUUGUUGAUGUAACCAACAUUGCAAGGGAUGGUAUGACUGUUUGCUGGACUGCUCCGGAUAGUGAUGGUGGAAGUGAAAUUACCAGCUACGUCAUUGAGAAGAAAGACCGAGCAGGAAUCAAAUGGACAAAGUGUAACAGGCGAAAGGUAACAGACUUGUGCUUCAGAGUUACAGGUCUCACAGAGGAUCAUGAGUAUGAGUUCAGAUUGGCAGCAGAAAAUGCAGCUGGAGUUGGGGAGCCAAGUUUACCAACCCCAUACUACAGGGCUUGUGAUCCAAAGUAUAAGCCUGGCCCACCAUCACAUGUACACGUUAUUGACACAACAAGCAGCUCUGUUACUGUUUCAUGGGGAAAACCUCUCACUGAUGGUGGAACUGCAAUUCAGGGCUAUAUUGUUGAGAUAUGUAAAGCUGAGGCUGAGGAGGAGGAGUGGACAAUGUGCACACCACCAACUGGAUUAAGAGUCAACAAGUUUGAAAUCACCAAGCUUGCUGACCAUGAAUAUAAGAUCAGAGUUUGUGCAAUUAACAAACUGGGUGUUGGUGAAGCAGCUGAAGUUCCUGGAACUGUCAAACCAGAAGACAGAGUUGAAACUCCUGAAAUCCUGCUUGAUUCUGAGCUGAGGAAAGGAGUCAUUGUUCGUGCUGGUGGAUCUAUGAGAAUUGAUAUACCAUUUAAGGGAAGGCCAACUCCAGAGAUUAAGUGGACAAAAGAUGAAGCAGAGCUGAGUGAGCGGGCAGUGAUUGAGAAAGGUCGUCAUCACACCCAACUUUCACUUGAUUCUUGUGACAGAAGAGACUCUGGAAAAUACAUUCUGACACUUCAAAAUAGUAGUGGCACUGUAUCUGAAUUUGUGACAGUAAAGGUUCUGGACACACCAAGUGCUCCUUUGAACCUUAAAGUCACAGAGAUUAAGAAGGACUCUGUUGUACUGGUGUGGGAGCCUCCACUUGUUGAUGGUGGUGCCAGGAUCAAGCAUUAUGUCGUUGAAAAGCGUGAAUCUACGCGCAAAGCAUAUGCAGGUGUCACAGCGAAAUGCACCAAAACAACCUUCAAAGUUGAAAAUCUUGCAGAAGGUGCCAUGUAUUACUUUAGAGUUAUGGCUGAAAAUGAAUAUGGUAUUGGUUUAUCUGUUGAGACAAAGAAUGCUUCAAAGGCCUCUGAAGUUCCACAGCCAGUUGGAAAGGUCUUCCUGACUGAUGUUACCAAAGUUAGUGCCUCUCUGGCAUGGGAGAAACCAGAGCAUGACGGUGGUAGCAGAAUUGUUGGAUACAUCAUUGAAAUGCUACCAAAGGGAACAGAUAAAUGGGGUGUAGCAACAUCCGUUAAGACCUGUGAAGGAACUGUCCAAGGGCUAACAGCAGGUCAGGAGUAUCUGCUCAGAAUUUUGGCAUACAAUGAGAAGGGGAAGAGUGAACCAACGCCACUGGCUUCACCAGUGAUUGCGAGUGACAUGACUAUUGAGCCAAGCCUUAAGGUACAGUUCAGUACAUACAGUGUGAAAUCUGGUAAGGACUUCCAGCUGGAAAUCCCAGUAUUUGGACGCCCUAAACCGAAAGUUACUUGGAAAAAGGAUGGACAAAGUAUCAAAAUAUCUAGCAGAUUGGGUAUUUCCAAUACACCAACAUCAACUAUCAUAAAGAUCACUGAGGCCACCAAAGAAGAGUUAGGAACAUAUGUAGCCACAGCCACCAAUACAGCAGGCACGGCAACAAAAGAGAUUGGACUCAUAAUUCUUGAUAAGCCUGGAGCUCCAACAGGACCAGUGAAAGUAUCUGAUGUGAGUAAUACCACUGUCACCAUCUCAUGGGAGCCCCCUGAGUAUACAGGUGGCUGCCAGAUCAAACAUUACAUUAUUGAAAAGCGAGACACAACUACAACUACAUGGCAACUGGUUUCAAACAAUAUGGCAAGAACCACUAUGAAGGUAACCAAGCUGAAGAAGGGUUCUGAGUAUCAGUUCAGGAUAUCUGCUGAAAACAGAUACGGAAAAGGUGCUCCUCUGGACUCCAAAGCAAUUGUGUCACAGUAUCCUUACAAGGUCCCUGGUCCACCUGGUACUCCCUAUGUCAAAUCUGCCACAAAAGAACAAAUGAUCAUUGAAUGGAAUGAGCCAGUGAAUGAUGGUGGAAGUUCAGUCAUUGGUUACCAUCUAGAGAAUAAAGAAAGAAGUAGCAUCAUGUGGAAUAAACUAAACAAGACACUCAUUAAAGAUACUCAAUUCAAGAUUAUAAAUCUAGAGGAGGGUGCCGGUUAUGAGUAUAGAGUGUUUGCAGAAAAUAUUGUGGGCAUUGGUAGAUCGAGCAAAGUGUCGGAGAGCUUUGUUGCUCGUGAUCCAUGUGAUCCACCUGGUACCCCUGAAGCCAUUGCCAUCUCAAAGAACCAAAUGACUAUUCAGUGGACAAAGCCACAAUAUGAUGGUGGCAGCAAAGUUACUGGAUAUAUCGUAGAAAAGAGAGAUUUGCCUGAGGGUCACUGGAUGAGAGUUAACUUUACCAAUAUCAUUGAGACUGAAUUUACUAUCACAGGCUUAACACAGGACAAUCAAUAUGAAUUCAGAGUAAUUGCAAGGAAUGCAGCUGGCAUUUAUAGUGGACCAUCUGACAGCACUGGUGCAGUCACAGCUACAGAUGAAAUUGAGCCUCCAAGUGUCUCAAUGGAUCCAAAAUAUAAGGAUGUCAUUGUUGUCAGUGCUGGAGAAAGUUUGCUCAUGGAUGCAGAUAUUCAUGGUAAACCAACUCCUACUGUUGCAUGGCUAAAGGAAGGAAAGGAAAUUGAAAGGGCACUCAGAAUUGAAAGGAAAACUACAGAGAAAUCUGCAUUCAUUACAAUCAAGGACUGCACAAAAUUAGACAGUGGGCACUAUGAUCUCAGUCUUACCAACAGUGGUGGAACAAAAGUAAUACCAAUUACUGUGAAGAUUCUUGAUAAGCCUGGUGCACCCACUGGGCCAUUGCGUGUUACAGGAGUAAUGCAGGACUCAUGCAAACUGUUCUGGGCGGAGCCUGCUCUCGAUGGUGGAGCAAAGAUUUCUCAUUAUAUUAUUGAAAAGAGAGAAACCAGCGGACUGUCAUGGAGGAUGGUUGAAACAAAGGUUGAAAGUUCCAGUUUUCAUGUGACUAAACUUCUGCCAGGUGAUGAAUAUAUCUUCAGAGUUAUGGCUGUCAACAAAUAUGGUGUUGGUGAACCUCUUGUGUCUGAUCCAGUUGUUGCACGCAAUCCUUACAUGACACCAAGUGCACCCUCUGCACCUGAGGCAAGUGAAAUUACGAAGGACUCAAUGUUGCUAGCAUGGACUAAGCCAGAAUCGGAUGGAGGAGCUGAAAUCAGCGGCUAUCAUCUUGAGAAACGUGACAAAGAUGGAGUGAGAUGGACUAAAUGCAACAGACAGAAGCUGACAGAGGAAUUCUUCAGAGUAAAAGGCCUUCUAGAAGGUCACUUCUAUGAGUUCCGCGUUUCUGCUGAAAAUGAAGCUGGUGUGGGAGACGUUAGUGAUUUGUCAAUGUUCCACAGAGCUAUUAACGAAACAACACCGCCCAGUCCACCCCAGCAUCCCAGAGUUGUAGAUCAUUCAAAAUCAACAGUCUCACUCUCCUGGGCUAAACCUGCUACUGAUGGUGGUGCAUACAUCAAAGGCUACAUUGUUGAGAUGAAAGAAGUCGCUGCUGAAGAAUGGACCACAUGCACACCUCCAGCAGGUAUUCAGAGAACAAGCUUAACGGUGGAAAAUCUCAAGGAAAAUGGGGAAUAUGACUUUUGUGUUUCUGCCUUUAACUCUGAGGGAGUUGGAGAGCCUGCAGAGUUCCAUGGCCCAGUUGUUGCAGUUGACAAAGUUGAGGCACCAGAGAUGGAAUUAGAUGCUGACCUCAGAAAGGUUGUGUCUGUCCGUGCUGGUGGAUCUCUGCGCUUAUUUGUAACUAUUAGAGGUCGACCUGAGCCUUCUGUGAAAUGGGAAAAGGCAGAGGCAGAGUUAACCGAACGUGCACAGAUUGAAGUCACAAGUUCCUAUACAAUGCUUGUUAUUGACAAUGUCAACAGAUUUGACAGUGGGAAAUAUUCCCUGAACCUUGAAAAUGCUUCUGGCACUAAAUCUGCCUUAAUUAAUGUGAGAAUUUUAGACACACCAAGUGCUCCUCAGAAGUUUGAAGUGAAGGAUGUCAAGAGAGACUCAGUCACUCUCUCCUGGGAGCCUCCUCUGACAGAUGGUGGAUCUAAAAUAACUACCUAUAUUGUGGAAAAGCGAGAAUCUGUAAGGAAAGCCUACACAACUGUCACAAGCAACUGUACCCACACUUCGUUCAAGAUUGAUGAACUCCAAGAGGGUGGCAUUUUCUACUUCAGGGUUUGUGCUCUGAAUGAGUAUGGUAUGGGUGUGAUGGCAGAAACUAAAAAUCCAGUGAAAGUUGCUCAAGUGCCCAUGGCUCCAGGAAAAGUCACCCUUGUCGAUGUCACCAAAACCAGUGCAACUCUCACAUGGGAAAAGCCUGCCCAUGAUGGAGGUAGCAAAAUCAUGUUCUACAAUGUGGAAAUGUUGCCUAAGGGAACUGACAAAUGGGGAGUGGCCACCACAGUCAAGGUCUUGGAAGCAACAGUACCAAAUCUGGCACAUAAUGAAACAUAUUCAUUCAGAGUUAUUGCUCUGAAUGAAAAGGGAAAGAGCGAGCCAAAAGAACUGGGUGUUCCAGUUGUCGCUAAAGAGAUUGAGAUUGAACCCUCUGUUCACGUGCUCUUCAACACUUAUAGUGUCAAGGCUGGAGAUGAUCUCACAGUUGAGAUUCCAAUCAGAGGCAGACCUAAACCUGUUGUGUCAUGGAAGAAAGACAAUCUUCCUCUCAAACAAACUUCCUCCACCACAAUUCUGAACACAAAAACCUCAACCAAGAUUGUCAUAAAAGAAGCUAAAAUUGAGCAUGUAGGAAAGUAUGAUCUCACUCUUGCAAAUACUGCAGCCACUAAGUCAUUUGAUAUUAGCAUUGUUGUUCUGGAUAAACCAGGAGCACCCACUGCUGUGAAAUGUGAUGCUGUCACAAAUGAUAGCAUUACUUUGUCAUGGGGCCCACCAGAAUAUGAUGGUGGCUGUUCAAUCAGUAAUUAUAUUGUUGAGAAGAGAGACACCAACACACAAGUUUGGCAGAUAGUUUCCACUAAUGUGGCUAGGCAAUCUAUCAAAGCUACUCGCUUGACUCAGGGCUCUGAGUACCAGUUUAGAAUCUAUGCUGUCAAUCGAUAUGGGAAGAGUCCUGGCAAAGAUUCUCCAGCAAUUACUGCACAAUACGUAUGCAAGCAACCUGGACCUCCCUCUACACCUCAAGUAUCAUUUGCUACUAAGGCUUACAUGAUUGUCACCUGGAAUGAGCCAGUCAAUGAUGGAGGCAGCACUGUACUUGGAUAUCAUUUGGAACGUAAAGAACGCAGUAGCAUUCUGUGGACAAAAAUUAACAGAAGCCUGAUCAAAGACACAGAAUACAAAGUCACUGGCAUUGAGGAAUGCAUGUUAUACGAAUAUCGUGUCUAUGCUGAAAAUAUUGCUGGAAUUGGAAAGGUGAGCAAAGUCUGUGAGCCUGUAGCUGCAAGAGAUCCAUGUGAUCCUCCUAGUCAGCCCACAGUUACUAGUAUCACAAGAACAUCUGUUUCUCUCUCCUGGACAAAGCCUGAGUAUGACGGUGGAUCUAAAGUUACUGGCUAUAUCAUCGAACGUAAAGAUCUUCCUGACGGCCGCUGGAUGAGAUGCAAUUUCACCAAUGUGCCAGAAACAUACUUUGAUGUUACUGGCCUCACAACAGAUCAACAGUAUGACUUCCGCGUUACUGCAAAGACUGCUGCGGGUUCCUUCAGUGAACCAUCCUAUAACACAGGCCCCAUCACAGUCAAGGAUGAUGUAGAUCCACCACGCAUAAUGAUGGACGUGAAGUUCAGAGAUGUCGUAGUUGUAAAAGCAGGAGAGACUCUGAAAAUUAAUGCUGAUAUCGUUGGCCGACCCCUUCCAGUGGCAUCAUGGACAAAAGAUGGUCAUGAAAUUGAGCCCAGGGCCAGAAUUCAAGUCCUUUCUACCGACACCACCACAUCCAUAACAGUUAAGGACUGUGUAAGAACUGAUUCCGGUCAGUAUUUACUCACACUCCAAAAUAUUGGUGGAACUGUAACAAUGCCUGUGAACUGCACAAUCAUUGACAAACCAGGCCCUUCAGCUGGUCCACUGGCAAUCACUGGCAUCACUGCAGAGCAGUGCACAUUGGCAUGGGGACCUCCUCAAGAAAAGGGCGGUGCAGAUAUCAUGCAUUAUGUAGUGGAGCGACGAGAAACAAGCCGACUUGCAUGGACUCUUGUGCAUGGAGAGGUUCAAAAGAAUUAUUACAAGGUCACAAACCUUCUUCAGGAUAAUGAGUACAUCUUUAGAGUUAGGGCUGUAAACAAAUAUGGAGUUGGUGAAUCACUUGAGUCUGAAGUUAUCAAAUGCUGCGAUCCUUUCAUAAUUCCAAGUGCACCAUCAUUUGUUCAAAUCACAGAAAUAACAGGGGAUAUGAUGAAACUCACCUGGGAAAAACCUGAAAGUGAUGGAGGCAGUGACAUAGCAGGAUAUAUAAUUCAAAGGCGUGAGAAAACAGGCAAUCGCUGGGUCCGCUAUAAUAGACAACUUAUUACGGAUGUGACAGCAGAUGUGUCAAAACUACGUAAAGGUUGUGAGUAUGAAUUCCGUGUUCUUGCUGAAAAUGCAGCUGGUACUGGACCUCCUAGUGACCCAUCUGCACCAGCUAGAGCAGAAGAUGAAGCAGACAUACCGGAACCACCAAACAAACCAAAGAUUGUCGAUUUUACCAAGACCUCUAUCUCAAUUGUAUGGCACAAGCCAGGAGAUGAUGGUGGAGCCCCAAUUCUUGGAUAUGGUGUGGAAUAUAAGAAGACAGAGGAUGAGGAAUGGACAGAGGCCAUUGCAUUGACAAAGAAUACAGAGUUUACCAUCUCAGGUCUUACAACUGAUGUGGAAUAUGAGUUUGCUGUCAAAGCAAUCAACAAAGUUGGUGACAGUGACCCCUCUCUACCUUCUGAACCUCAAGUAGCCAAAGACAGAGUAGAUGAGCCUGUAUUUGAUGUUGACAUAGAGAUGCGUAAGACACUACUUGUCACACAUGGCCAUUCAUUCACACUCACUGCACCAUUUAAGGGAAGACCCUCACCAUCAGCUACUUGGGCCAAGGAGGAGGUAGACCUUAAGCUCAGAGCUAGCGUGGAGACCACUGCCACUAGCAGUUCCCUCACUGUUGAGCAUUCAACAAGAAAUGACUCUGGACAGUAUGUUGUUACCAUUGAUAAUGGAAUUGGAACUGCUUCAUUGCCUAUGAUGGUCAAAGUCCUUGACUCUCCUGGGCCCCCACGUAACAUUAAGGCAAAGGAUGUAACAAGGGAUUCUGCUAGAAUUACAUGGGAAGCUCCAGAAAAUGAUGGAGGUGACCCUGUGAAGGCAUACCAUGUUGAAAAACGUGAAGCAAGCAAAAAGGCAUGGGUCACUGUAACAAGUAGUUGCCAUGAGAUGUCCUACAGAGUUGAAGACUUGCAAGAGGGUGCAAUUUAUUACUUCAGAGUCAUUGGAGAGAAUGAAUAUGGUGUGGGUGUUCCUGGAGAGAAGAGAGAUGGAACUAAGAUCACUGAAAAACCAAGUGCACCAGCGAAGUUGGGUGUGACUGGUGUGACAAAGGAUAGCAUCUCCCUGGCCUGGUCAAGACCAGAACAUGAUGGUGGCAGCAGGGUUACAGGCUACCUUAUUGAAGCAGUUGAAAAAGGACAAACUAAAUGGGUGAAAUGUACAACAGUGAAGACAAACUCACACACUAUUAAAGGCUUGAGAGAAAAUGCUGAAUACCUCUUCAGAGUUAUGGCAGAAAAUCAUGCUGGACUCAGUGAACCUAAAGAAAUGAUCAUUCCUGUCAUCGUGAAAGAUCAGCUUGAUCCACCAGAGUUUGACAUGAAGAACUACCCGAAAAACACUGUAUAUGUACGAGCAGGAUCUAAUUUGAAGUUUGAGCUGCCACUGACCGGAAAGCCAAUGCCAAAGGUUACAAUUGCAAGAAAGAAUGUUGCUGCAAAAACGGGAAAGAGGUUCAACUAUGAGGUGACACCAGAAAGCCUCCUCAUCGAUCUAAAGGAAAGCAUUGCCAGUGAUGCAGGCAGAUAUGACAUCACCGCUUCCAAUUCGAGUGGAACAACUAAGAUGUUUGUUAACAUUCUGGUUCUGGAUAGACCUGGUCCACCAGUCGGCCCAGUUGAGGUUGGUGAAAUAGGCGAAACAACUGUGUGCCUGAAAUGGCUUCCACCCGUCUAUGAGGGUGGCAGCCCCGUCACAAACUAUGUUGUGUUGAAAAGAGAAACCAGUACACCUGCUUGGACAGAAGUAACCUCCCAGGUAGCACGAAGUGCUGUCAAAGUUACCAAGCUGACGAACAGAGAGGAAUACCAGUUCAGAAUCAAAGCAGAAAAUCGCUUUGGAAUCAGUGAUCAUAUUGACACACAACCUGUGACGGUGAAACUUCCAUACACCAUCCCUGGUCCACCAUCAACACCAUGGGCUAGCUUUGUCUCAAGAGAGUGCAUCACUGUAUGCUGGCAUGAGCCAGUUGCAGAUGGUGGAAACCCUGUUUUUGGAUACCAUGUCCAAAUGAAAGAGAGAAGCAGCAUCCUGUGGCAGAAGGUCAACAAAACAGCUAUUCCUGGAACUCAAGUCCGUAUUACAAAUAUUUGCCCUGGUAUGAUUUAUGAAUUCAAGGUAUCAGCAGAAAAUGCUGCUGGUAUUGGAAAGAUAAGCAAAACAUCUGAAGAAAUACUCGCAAUUGAUGCUUGUGAACCUCCUGCCAGUGUUAAAGUUACUGAGGUCACAAAGAACUCCAUCAGCUUAGCCUGGCAGAAACCGCCCUAUGAUGGUGGUAGCAAGAUCACUGGCUAUAUGGUUGAAAGAAGAGAGGCUCCAAAUGGCAGAUGGGUGAAGGCUAACUUCACCAACAUACUUGAGAGAAAGUUCACUGUCUCAGGCCUGUCACUGGAUCAAUCUUAUGACUUCAGAGUCAUGGCUAAGAAUGCAAUUGGCUCUGUCAGUAACCCUUCACUUAUUGUUGGACCAGCAACUUGCGUUGACAUAAUUGGUGCACCAGUCAUUGACCUUCCACCAGAGUACUUAGAUGUUGUACAAUAUAAAGCAGGUGUCACUGUCAAGAUCAAAGUUGGAAUUAUCGCUAAACCUUUGCCAACAAUUGAAUGGCUCAAGGAUGACAAGGAGUUGGUACAGACUUCUACUGUUUCAAUUGAGAACACCACUGAUACCUCCGGCAUUCUUAUCAAAGAUGCAACUCGUCUUAACACAGGAACAUAUGAAAUUAAAAUAAAGAAUGUUCUGGGCACAGCAACUGCACAAAUUAGAAUCCAGAUCCUAGAUAAACCUGGACCUCCUGCUGGUAACAUUGAAUUCAAAUCUGUCACAGCUGACAACAUUGUAAUUGCAUGGGAACCAGUCACUGAUAAUGGUGGAGCUGAGGUCACCCAUUAUAUUGCUGAGAAACGAGAAACAAGCCGCGUGAUUUGGGCGACCAUUUCUGAAGAAUUGCAUGCCUGCACUGUCUCUGUUCACAAACUUGUCAGAGGUGCAGAGUAUGUCUUCCGUGUACGUGGUGUCAACAAGUUUGGCCUCGGUGAUACUCUGGAAUCUGAGCCUGUUAUUGCCAAGAAUUCCUUCGUUACCCCUGGACAACCUUCUACACCCGAGGUCACAGAAGCAAACAAGACAUCCAUGAAAGUUGUAUGGGACAAGCCAGGCAUUGAUGGUGGUAGUAUGGUAACCGGCUACCUCAUUGAGAGAAGAAACAAAAAGAGUCUUCGUUGGAAGAGGAUCUACAAAGACCCAAUUAGUGAAACUACACUCGAGGUUCAUCAUCUCACUGAAAACAAUGAAUAUCAGUACCGUGUUUGUGCUAUUAACAGAGCUGGAGAAGGUCCAUUCUCUGAGGUGUCUGACUACUAUAAGGCAGCUGAUCCAGUUGAAACACCACUUGAACCACAAAAACUUAGAGUUGUUGACUCUACUAAAACGUCAAUUACUCUUGGAUGGUCUAAACCUGAAUGGGAUGGUGGAAGUGAAAUCAUCAGCUAUGUUGUUGAGAUGAGAGUGGGAGAAGAAGAAGAAUGGACUGUCAUUAGCCGUAAGGGUGAAGUGAGAACGGCAGAGUAUGUGGCAUCAGGCCUGAAACCAGACACUGAUUACUAUUUCCGUGUGUCUGGUGUCAACUGUGCUGGCCGUGGAGAUCCAAUUGAAAUGGAGGACCCAGUUCAAGCAAAGGAUAUUCUUGAGGAAGCCAUGGUUGAUCCAGAUGUAGCUAUGAGAACACAUUAUAUUGUGAAGGCAGGAAAGGAUGUGGAAAUUAUCGUACCUCUGAAGGGCAGACCUGCUCCAAGUGCAUCCUGGAAGAAAGAUGAUGUCAACAUUGACAAAGAUCCAAGCUAUGAAAUUCACAACACAGAUACAACAUCAGUUAUGGUGAUCCGGGAGGUCACAAGAAAAGACACUGGCAAAUACAUUGUUGAGAUUCAGAAUGGUGUAGGCCAACCAAAAUCUCUCACUGUGUCUGUUAAAGUUCAAGACACGCCAGCAGCCUGCACAAAUUUGACAAUCAAAGAAGUCACUCGUGGCAAAGUCACUCUUAGCUGGGAACCACCUCUUUUAGAUGGUGGUGCAGAAAUCACCAACUUCAUUGUUGAAAAGAGAGAUUCUUCCAAACGUGCAUACUCUUGUGUAACAAACAAAUGCAAAGAAUUAACUUAUGUAAUUGAGGAGGUAUCUGAGAAGACAUCCUACUUCUUCCGUGUCUUAGCUGAGAAUGAAAAUGGCAUAGGUGAUCCCUGCGAGACUGUAGAACCAGUGAAAGCUACUGAGACUCCUGGUCUAGUCAAAGAGCUUUCUAUGAAAGACUCUUCCAAAGAGUCUGUUACACUACAGUGGAAUAAACCAGACUAUGAUGGUGGUAGCAUUAUAACUGACUAUAUUAUUGAAAAGAAACUCAAGGGUGAAGAAGAAUGGGCACCUGCUGGUACUAGUAAGCACCUUGAAUAUGAAGUUAAAAAGCUGAAAGAACUCACAGAAAUGUUCUUCAGAGUCUGCUCAAAGAACGAGAAGGGCACUGGUGAUUUCACAGAAGUUGGACCUAUCAAAGUGGUGGACUUCAUCAUUGCACCAGAAGCAAGCCUUGAGGAAUAUCCAACUGGAGAAAUUAGUGUGCGCCUUGGACAUAAUGUCCAUAUUGAAUUGCCAUACAAGGGCAAACCUCGUCCUAGACUAAUCUGGCUGAAGGACAAUCUGCCGCUCAAGGAAAGUGAGCAGGUGCGCUUCAAGAGGACAGAGAACAAAGCAACUUUAAUGAUUAAAAAUGUAACUAAAGACAAUGGUGGCAAAUACACACUCACUCUUGACAACAACUUCAAGAGAAAUUCAUUCCACAUUCAUGUCAUUACUCUCGGACCACCAUCUAAACCUAUUGGACCCAUUCGUUUGGAUGAAGUCAGAGCAGAACACAUUGCUAUAUCUUGGGAUGAGCCAAAUGAUGAUGGUGGCGGAGAAGUGACAUGCUAUACGGUGGAGAAGCGUGACACCUCCCAGUCAGACUGGAAGAUGGCCUGCUCAAGUGUAGUGGGAACAUCAUUUAAGGUACCUAACCUCAUCAAAGGAUUACAGUAUCAAUUUAGAGUGUGUGCUGAGAACAGAUAUGGUGCUAGCGACCCACUUGUUUCACAAAGUGUCAUUGCCAAGCAUGAGUUCAGACCACCAGGUCCACCUGGCAUGCCUUUUGUAUUCAAUAUCACCAAUGAUGGCAUGAGUCUUCAGUGGGAAACACCAGUAUAUGAUGGUGGUUGUCCAGUCCUUGGCUACCAUGUUGAGAAGAAGGAGAAGAACAGCAUCAUGUGGCAAAAAGUUAACACAAUUCUAGUGACCAAAACAGAAUUCAGAGUCCUGGAGCUCAUUGAGGGUCUGGAGUACCAGUUCAGAGUGUAUGCCCAGAAUGAUGCUGGACAUAGUCGCAUGAGUGAUGUCAGCAAGUUGAACACAGCUGUUUCUCCAGUCGAUCCUCCUGGUACACCUGACUACACUGAUGUUACCAGUAACUCAGUGGCUCUUAAAUGGGAUCCACCUAAGCGUGAUGGAGGAAAUAAGAUUGUUGCCUACAAUGUUGAGAAGAGACAAGGAAAAGGCCGUUGGUUCAAGUGCAAUUUCCAAGAUAUUCCUGAAAGUGAUUUCAUUGUGACUGGACUUGCUUGCAAUGAACGCUACGAGUUCAGAGUUACUGCCAGAAAUGCCAUUGGAACCAUGAGCCCACCUUCUCAGUCCUCUGGCUUCAUUGUGGUCAGAGAUGAAAGCUUUUCUCCAAACAUCGAAUUUGGACAGGAGUACUUUGAAGGAGUUGCUGUUAAGGCUGGAGACAACAUCAGGAUCAAGGUUUCUAUUUCUGGACGCCCAACACCCAAGGUUGUAUGGUACAAGGAUGGUGAGGAAAUCACGAAGAAGAUGAUGGACAUCAUCUCUGCUCCUGGAACCAGCUCAAUCUUUAUUAGAGAUUCUGAUCGUACCCACCGUGGACUGUAUUCUGUAGAAGCCAUAAAUACCUCUGGAAAGAAGAGGGAGGAGAUAAAUGUCCAAGUCUUUGAUACACCUGGAGAGCCAGUGGGACCCAUUGUCUUCUCAAAUAUCUCAGAGGGCAAAGCAACACUUUCAUGGAAUCCUCCUGAAAAUGAUGGCUGCUCUGAGAUCACCCACUACAUUGUUGAGAAGCGUGAAACAUCUAAAAUCUCAUGGGCUCUUGUCACAGAUCAGUGUGAGGAGUGUACAUACAAUGCCUCAAAGCUGAUCAAGACUAAUGAAUACCAGUUCCGAGUUUCAGCAGCCAACAAGAUAGGUGUUGGUAGACCACUGGAUUCUGUACCUGUUAUCGCACAGAUGCAAUACACCUAUCCAGAUGCUCCUGGUACACCAGAUGCAACAGCGGUUGAUGGAGAAAGUAUAACAAUUGCCUGGACAGCUCCAACUAAUGAUGGAGGAAAUCCGAUCAAGCAUUAUAUCGUUGAAAGGCGUGAGAAGAAGACUGGCCGCUGGACAAAGGUUUUGACCAAAAAACCCAUCACCGAAGUUGCACACCGUGUUACUCAUCUCACAGAAGAUGUAGAAUAUGAGUUCCAUGUGAUGGCUGUGAAUGAUGCUGGAAUUGGACAACCUAGCAAUAUAUCAAUGCCCAUCAAGUGUUGUGAGCCUACAGAGACCCCUGAUGCUCCUUCCAUUGUCAAUGUCUUUGAUUCCACCAAGACAUCCAUCAGCUUGGAAUGGACCAGACCGGCAUGGGAUGGUGGAAUGGAAAUCCAAGGUUAUGUAAUUGAGAUGACUACAGCUAUCAAGAAGGUGGUAGAGGAGGAGGAGGAAGAGGAGGAGGAGGAGGAGGAAGAUGAGGAGGGCUGGGAGAGAGUCAACGAAGAUUUGUGCACAGCAACAAAAUAUGUUGUUACUGGGUUGAAAUCUGACAUUGACUACAGGUUCCGUGUCUGUGGUGUGAACAGUGUUGGAAAGGGAGAGACCUGUGAAAUCCCUGAGCCAACCCAAGCUGUUGACAGAGUCAUGGCACCAGAGAUUUACAUUGACGCAAGCUUCAAGCAGACACAUAUAGUGAAGAGUGGAGGAUCUGUCUAUCUUGGUAUUGCAUUCAAGGGAAAGCCAGAUCCUGCUGUCACAUGGGUUAAGGAGGAUGGUGAGCUUGGCGUUUUAUCAGAAAUAAGUACCACAGAAGGCACAUCUUCAUUGACUCUGGAGAACUGCUCAAGAAAUGACACAGGAAAGUACACUGCCACCCUUGAGAACAACAGUGGCUCUAAAUCCAUUACAUUUACUGUCAAGGUCUUAGAUACACCUGGACCACCAACAAAUGUGACCUUCACAGAAGUUGCAAGAGGUGGUGUGUCAUUGAAAUGGGAGCCUCCACUUAAUGAUGGUGGUGCCCGAAUUCAUCAUUACCUUGUUGAGAAGCGAGAAGCUUCACGCCGCACUUGGACAGAGGCUGCAGGAAAAUGCCUUGCCCCAAAACUGAGUAUUUCUGAACUUCUUGAGGGAGUUCCCUACUUCUUCAGGGUAUUGGCAGUAAAUCAGCAUGGCCCUGGAGAGGCAUUUGAAUUCACAGAUCCAGUUGUAGCCACUGCAGAACCUUCAGCUCCUAAAAGACUGGAUGUUCUUGACACCACUGAUACAUCUGUUACUCUUACCUGGCUCAAACCUGAACAUGAUGGUGGUAGUCGCAUCACCAGUUACACUAUUGAGGGUAAAGCAAAGGACACAGAUAAAUGGAUGGUUUGCGGUCAAACUAAAACUCUGGAUUAUGUUGUAGAAAACUUGCCAACAGGUGCAGAGUUUGAAUUCCGUGUUAAAGCCAAAAAUGAUGCAGGCUUUAGUCCACCUAAAGGAAUGUUUGCUGCAGUUGUUGUCAAAGAGCCUCACAUUGAACCAACUGCAGAUCUCAGUGGAAUUGACCAUCAGCUCAUCACAUGCAAGGGUGGUGCAACCUUUGAAAUUGAUGUUCCCAUCAGUGGAAGGCCAGCUCCAAAGGUGACCUGGAAACUGGAGGAAAUGAGGCUGAAGUCAACAGAUAGAGUAUCAAUUGUAACAACUAAAACCAGGACUACUCUAAUUGUUAAGGAGAGCAUGAGAGGUGAUAGUGGCAAAUACUUCCUUACCCUUGAAAAUGUCACUGGAGCAAAGACCUUCACUGUCACUGUCAAUGUCAUUGGCAGACCUAGUGCACCUGAGGGAUCCGUUGAGGUUUCAUCAAUCACAUCUGAAUCUUGUGUGAUUUCCUGGAAUUUACCUGAGGAUGAUGGUGGCACUGAAAUCACCAACUACAUUAUUGAGAAGCGCGAGUCUGGAUCCACAGCUUGGUCACUUAUCAAUUCCAGUGUGAAGCGCACUUCCUUCAUGGUCACAAACUUGACAAAGUAUAUGCAGUACACUUUCCGUGUCCGUGCUGAAAACAGAUUUGGUGUGAGCAAAUCCACUGAGUCUGAAACUAUUGUUGCAGAACAUCCAUUUGUUCCACCGGGUCCGCCAACAAGACCUGAGAUAUUUGGUGUUUCUGCUACAACUAUGAGCAUUCGUUGGGAGGAGCCAUACCAUGAUGGUGGAAGCAAGGUUAAUGGAUACUGGAUCGAGAAGAAAGAACGCAACACCAUUCUUUGGGUCAGGGAGAACAAGAUCCCAUGCUUUGAGUGUGUCUACAAAGUUGAAGGCCUUGCUGAGGGCCUGGAGUAUCAGUUCCGUGUGUAUGCCAUGAAUAGUGCUGGACUUAGCAAGGCAAGUGAUGCUUCAAAGAGGAGGAUUGCCCAGAAUCCAGUUGAUCCUCCUGGCAAACCAGAAGUAACAGAGGUGGGCAGGUCAUCAGUAUCAGUCAAAUGGUCUACACCACUAAACGAUGGUGGAAGCCCCAUUACAGGAUAUAUUGUUGAGCGCAAGCCAUACACUGUCACUGGUGAAGGUCGCUGGCUGAAGUGUAAUUACACCAAUGUCACUGACACAAACUUCAAGGUCACUGCACUUGGAGAGGGUGAAGUCUAUGAAUUCCGAGUAAUUGCCAAAAAUGCAAAUGGUGUGUUAAGCACGCCAUCAGAAUCAACAGGAGCUGUGACUUGCAAAGCAGAAUACACUCCUCCAAGGGCAGAGCUUGACAGCAAACUUCUUGGUGACACUGUCACAGUAAGAGCUGGCUCUGAUCUUGUUCUUGAUGCUGCUGUUGGAGGCAAGCCUGAUCCAAAAGCGUUCUGGUCUAAGGGAAAGAAGGAGCUGGAACUUUGUGAGAAGUACGCUUUGCAGUACACUGCUACCCGUGCUCUUGCAAUCAUCAAAUUCUGCGAUCGCAAUGACACUGGCACAUAUGUUCUGUCAGUGAAAAAUGCCAGUGGAAUCAAGACUGCUGAGGUCAACGUCAAAGUACUUGAUACUCCUGGACCGCCAGCUGAUGCGAUUGUCAUCAGCAAUGUGACAGAGGAUAAGUGCACCGUGACUUGGCAACCACCUCUUGAAGAUGGUGGUGAUGCUGUUGCACAUUAUGUCGUUGAGAGGAGGGACACCAACAGACUCAACUGGGUUGUGAUGGAAGCAGAGUGCAAGGGCCUAUCAUGUGAAAUCAGAAGACUUUUCAAGGACUGUGAAUAUCUCUUCCGUGUCAGAGGUGUCAACAAGUAUGGGGAGGGUGUGCCACUGCAGUCUCAGGCUAUCAUUGCUAGGAACUACUUCACUGUGCCAUCACCACCUGGACCACCCGAAUUACUUGUUGUUGGAAAGGACUUCGCUACCAUUGAGUGGCUGAAGCCAGAAAGUGAUGGUGGAAGUCCAGUUACUAGCUACCUUAUUGAAAGGCGUGAAAGGAAGAGCAUAAGAUGGAUCAAGGUUAACAAGGAUUCUGUGCUCUUGGACACAACUUUCAAGAUCUCAGGCCUACAAGAAGGCAACAUUUACCAGUUCCGUGUUUCAGCGAUAAAUGCUGCUGGUGAUAGCGAAGCAAGUGAAGUAUCCAUGUAUGCUGUCUGCAAAGAGGCAACAUGCACUCCUGCUCCUCCUUCAAUUCCACGCAUUACAGAUACUCAUGCAGAAAGCAUUAGCCUGGCUUGGACAAGACCAUUGGAAGAUGGAGGUGCUGAUAUUAUUGGAUACGUUCUUGAAAUGCAGGAGGAAGAAGCUGGAGCUGAAGCUAAAGCUGAAGCUGAAGCUGGAGCUGAAGAUGAAGAUGAAGAUGAAGAUGAAGGUGUAUGGACCAAAACACAUGAGAAGACUCUGAGAAACACAGAGUACACAGUGACAGGCCUUGUAACUGGCAAGAAGUACUACUUCAGAGUUGCUGCAGUCAAUAUCAAUGGAAUUGGUGAAUUCAGUGAUCCCUGCGCAGAGACAGAGCCUGUUGAAAGAAUUGUAAUUCCUGACCUAGAGAUUCCAGAUGAGCUGACUAAGACUGUUUGCUUGAGGGCAGGAGGUUGCCUUCGUCUUUUUGUUACUGUUACUGGCAGACCAGCACCAACUAUUGCCUGGAGCAAGCCUGGCACAGACCUUCAUACCCGUGGCUUUAUUGAAAUAACUAGACACACUGCCUCUCUGAUAAUUGACAAGGUGCACCGCUACGAUGCUGGCAAAUACAUCAUCUCUGGAGAGAAUUCUGCUGGCAAGAAGGAAGCUGCUAUUCUUGUCAAGAUUUAUGAUACUCCUGGUCCACCAGGUCCAAUUAAAAUCAAGGAACUUACAUCUGAAUCUGCUUUAAUCACAUGGGAUCCUCCUACUGUUGAUGGUGGUGCCCCUGUCAACAAUUACGUUAUUGAGAGAAGGGAGGCAUCAAUGAGAGCCUACAAGACGGUUACAUCCAAAUGCAGCAAGACCUCAUACAAAAUUGAAGGAUUGAUUGAGGGAAUGCUGUACUACUUCAGGGUAUUGCCGGAAAAUCUUUAUGGUGUUGGAGAGCCUAGUGAAACCCCUGAUCUUGUGCUAGUAUGUGAAGUGCCAAUGCCACCGCAUAAAUUUGAUGUUAUUGACAUAACCAAGACCACAGUAACUCUUGCAUGGGAGAAACCAGAACACGAUGGAGGAAGCAGACUUACAGCAUACGUUGUUGAGGCCUGCAAAUUUGGAACAGACAAAUGGAUGAAGGUUGCCACUCUUAAGAUUACAGACUUAGAGUACACUAUUACUGCUCUGACUGAGAAUGAACAGUUCUUCUUCAGAGUCCGUGCUGUGAACAGCAGAGGACCAAGUGAGCCCAAAGAACUUGUAGCACCUGUAACUGUUCAAGAACAAAAAGUUGAGCCACAAAUCAUCCUCACAGAACUUCCACAGAAGGCAGUCAGUGUUCUUGGUGGUAAAACUCUCGAGAUAGAACUGCCACUUGUUGGCAGACCUCUCCCAAAGCCUCUAUGGUAUUUCAAUGACAAAAAGGUGAAGUUUACUGAUCGUGUAAAGGUGAAGAGCACCGGAAAGUCAUCCAAGCUGACCGUGCUUGACACUACUAUUGACGACACUGGAGACUACACUCUUGAAGUCAAGAACAUUCAUGGAACGGCUACAGAAACAAUCAAAGCCACUGUUCUAACCAAACCUGAUGAGCCUAGAGGACCAAUCCGGAUUGAUGAGGUUGAUGCUACCUCUGUCAUGAUCAGCUGGGAACCACCAAUGAGAGACGGUGGAGCCACAGUCAGUGGCUAUGUCGUCGAACAGCGUGAAGCUCAUCGUCCUGGAUGGGUGCCUGUCGAUGAUUCUGUCAGCAGACCAAUCUUCAAGUUCCAGAGACUGACUGAAGGAGAGGAAUAUGUAUUCCGAACUGCAGCAAUUAAUCGCUUUGGCACUGGAGACUACUUGCAGUCUGAGAUUGUGAUGUGCAAGAGUUCUACAUCUAUUCCUGGACCACCUGGCAGACCAACCGUGUUUGAUGUGUCCCGUGAUGGAGUGACCAUUGCCUGGCAUGAACCAGAUGAAGAUGGUGGAGCACCUGUUUCUGGCUAUAUCAUUGAGCGCAAGGAGGUCAGAGCAGACAGAUGGGUUCGCGCUAACAAGAACCCAGUGACCAUGACCAGAUACAGAUCUACUGAUCUGAUUGAAGGUCUUGAAUAUGAACACAGGGUAAUUGCCAUUAAUGCCAGAGGAGUUGGCAAACCAAGUCUCCUCUCCCCACGUGCUGUGGCAGCUGAUCCUGUUGAUCCACCUGGUGCUCCUCAGAACCCAAGAAUCACAGACACAACUAAGACCUCUGUGUCUCUGGCUUGGAGUCCUCCAGAUGAGGAGGGUGGCUCGAAGGUAUCAGGUUAUCUGAUCGAGAUGCAGAAGGUUGGCUCAGUGACUUGGAUCAAGUGUAACACAACACCCUCAAUGAUCUGUGAGUACACACUGACCCAGAUGCCUGCAGGGGAGGAAUUCAAGUUCCGUGUUUUGGCUUGCAAUUCUGGUGGUCCAGGUGAAGCAGCUGAAGUUCCAGGAACAGUCACCAUAACAGAGAUGCAAGAACCUCCAAGUUAUGAUCUUGAGCUCAAGUACAAGGAUGUCUACAUUGUCAGACAAGGUGGAGUCCUCAAACUUACCGUGCCCAUCAAGGGUAAACCAAGUCCUACAUGUAAAUGGACAAAGGAUGGUGCUGAUGUCUCAGAACGGGCAAUGUUCGUAUAUGAUGAAGAUGUCAGUGAGCUUGUCAUCAAAAAUGCAGACAGGAGUGACUCUGGUCUGUACGAGCUUGUGAUCCAGAACAAGGUUGGCAAGAAGGUUCUGCGCAUCAAGGUUAAAGUGAUUGGCCGUCCAAAUGCACCAGAGGGCCCUCUUGCAUAUGAAGAAAUCCAAGCACAUUCUGUGAAAUUAUCCUGGAAACCACCUACUGAUAAUGGUGGCUCUGAAAUCCUUGGUUACAUUGUGGAGAGGCGUGAGCUUCCUAAGACAGCUUGGUACACUGUGGACUCUAGGGUGGUUGAAACAUCACUGGUCCUUAAGGGACUGAAUGAAGGUGCCGAGUACCACUUCAAGGUGACUGCUGAGAACCAGUUUGGCAUCAGUGGAUCUCUCAAAUCGGAAGAGACCCUUGUUCCAAAGACUCCCAUCUGUGUACCUGAAGUCUCAACAAAUCCACCUGAAAUUAUGGAUGUCACAAAGAGCUCAGUUGCGCUGGCCUGGACUAAGCCUAGAGAUGGUGGAUCAGCAAUAACGGCAUACUAUGUUGAGUUCAAACUCACAUCAUCUGAAACUUGGGAGCGCCAUGAACAUAAGAUUACUUCUACCAUGUACACUCUGACUGGUCUGACUGCCGAUGCUGAAUAUCAGUUCAGAGUAGUUGCUGAAAAUGAAAUUGGUCAGAGUGAACCUGGACCUGCAUCUGAUGUAGUUAUGUGCAAAGAUCCAUUUGACAAACCAAGUCAACCAGGUGAGAUUGAUAUAGCAAGUGUUACCAAUAACGCCAUUACCAUUCGCUGGGGAGAACCUGAGUGUGAUGGUGGAAAGGAGAUCCUUGGUUAUUAUGUUGAGUAUAGAAAGUCUAUUGAAAGCACCUGGAAGAAAUGCAACAAGAAGCGCAUCAAGGAGAAAGAAUUCCUCAUACCAAGUCUGCAAGAGGCAACUGAAUAUGAGUUCCGUGUGUUUGCUGAGAAUGCGACUGGAAUCAGCAGACCUCGUAGAACAGCCACAGGCAUUAAAACCAAACUUGCUUCUGGAUCAGCGCCAGGCCUUAGGAAAGAGAUGGAUGAGGUAACAGCAAAACUUGGACAGACAGUAACCAUGAAAUGCCAAAUAGUCGGCCGACCUAUACCCGACAUCAAAUGGUUUAGAUUUGGAAAGGAACUCAAGGUGGGCAUGAAAUAUGAAAUGAGUUCUGAUGGUCGUAACCACCAACUGGUUGUGGUAGCAGACCAACAGGAAGAUGAGGGCGAAUAUACUUGCAAAGGCAUUAACGAGGCCGGUGAAGCUGAGACCACAGGUGUCCUUGUUUUGGAGGCAUCUCCUCGUUUCAAUCCUGAUUAUCCUCUGAAGAGCACAUACUAUGCUGAAUGUGGCACUACCGUGCGCAUUCAUGCCGCCUACAUCGGACGUCCUCAGCCAAAGAUCAUGUGGCUCCAUGGCCCUACACAACUGCAACCCUCUGAGAGCAUUAUUAUGGAGAACACAGAGCAUUACACUCAUUUGGUUCUCAAGAAUGUGCAGCGCAGAGUGAAUGGAGGAAAAUACAGAAUUCGCAUCAACAACCACUUUGGCAGUGCUGACACCGUAUUCGCACUUGAAAUCUUUGAUAAACCCUCCAUGCCAGAAGGUCCAAUCAAGCUUGAGGCUCUACUGAAGAACUCUGUGAUCAUUAGCUGGAAACCACCAAAGGACGAUGGUGGUUCGAUGAUCACAAAUUACAUUGUUGAGAGACGUGAGGACAAGGAAGGUGAUGAAUGGCAACUAGUGUCAUCUUCCAUCACUGGAACAUCGUGCCGCAUUCCCAAUUUGAUUGAAAAUGCUGGAUAUCACUUCCGUGUAUCUGCACAAAACAAAUAUGGCAACAGUGAGACACUUGAGACUCCAAAUGCAAUCCUCAUUAAGAGUCAGUUAGAAAAGCCUGGAGCACCACUGAGUGUUUCUGUUGCUGGUAUAACAAAGAACUCUUGUGUUGUAUCCUGGAGACCACCCCUUAGUGAUGGAGGCUCCAAGAUCAAGACUUACUGCUUGGAGAAAAGAGAUAAGAAGAAGGGUGAAUGGGUCUCUGUGACAAGUGAUGAAAUUCACCAGACAGUGUUCUCUGUCAAGGGCCUGACUGAAGGUGUUGAGUAUGACUUCCGUGUCAAAUGUGAAAAUCUGGGAGGACACAGCGAAUGGAGUGAAGUGUCUCCAAUUGUUAUUCCCAAGACUGAUGUUGAUGUUCGUGCGCCUGCCUUCAAAGAGGAGCUCAGGAACAUGAGUGUCAGAUACAAGAGCAAUGCAACACUUGUUUGCAAGAUUACAGGACAGCCCAAGCCUGUGGUGAAAUGGUUCAGACGUGGCAAAGAGAUUCAGUCUGAUGGCAAGAAACUAAAAGUGCAGGAAUUCAAGGGUGGCUAUCAUCAGCUUGUCAUAACUGCUGCAGAUGAAGAAGACUCAACUGUCUAUCAGAUCAGAGCAACAAACCAGGGUGGAUCAAUCUGUGCAACAGUCUCCCUGGAUGUUGAAGUUCCUGCAAAGAUAAAUCUGCCCAAGAAUCUGAAGGAUAAGGAAGCAAUUCCAGCCCUUCGUGGUGAAGUGGUUAACAUCAAGAUUCCAUUCACCGGCAAACCUGAUCCAGUCAUCACAUGGCAGAAGGGACAAGAUCUUAUUGACAAUGAUGGAUACUACCAAGUCAUUGUAACAAGAUCAUUCACAGCCCUUGUAUUCCCCAAUGGAGUUGAAAGGAAAGAUGCAGGAUUCUAUGUUGUUUGUGCCAAGAACAGAUUUGGCAUUGACCAGCAAACAGUUGAACUUGAUGUAGCUGAUGUGCCUGAUCCUCCACGUGGCAUCAAAGCCAGUGAUAUCUCAAGAGAUUCCGUGACUCUGAACUGGGUUGCACCUGCCAGCGAUGGUGGUAGUAGAGUAAGCAACUAUAUUAUAGAGAAGUGUGCCACUACUGCUGAAAGAUGGAUUCGUGUUGCACAGUCACGUGACACUCAUUACACUGUCACCAACCUCUUUGGAAAAACAAGCUACCAAUUCCGCAUUAUUGCUGAGAACAAGUUUGGUGUGAGUGCACCAUCAGAACCAUCUGGACCUGUGGUAACCAAAGAAGACAAAUCAAGAGUGCUCAACUAUGAUGAAGAAGUUGAUGACACCAGGUCUGUCUCUAAAGCAAGAGCUCCACACUCUGAGGCCAAGAAUGUGCACACCAAGUACAUGAUUGCUGAAGAGCUUGGACGUGGCCAGUUUGGCAUUGUUCACCGUUGUGUUGAGAUCAGCUCUGAGAGGACCUUUAUGGCCAAAUUUGUUAAAGUCAGGGGUGCAGAUCAAGCCCUUGUGAAGAAAGAAAUUGCAAUGCUGAACGUUGCCCGUCACAGGAACUUCCUGUGUCUUCAUGAGUCAUUUGAUAGUCCUGAGGAAUUAGUUAUGAUCUAUGACUUUAUCUCUGGUGUAGACAUAUUUGAACGCCUUGGCACAGCCAACUUUGAGCUUAAUGAGAGAGAAAUUGUCAACUACAUCAAACAGGUCUGUGAAGCUCUUGAGUAUAUGCACAGUAGGAGCUAUGGUCACUUUGACAUCAGACCAGAAACCAUUGUGUAUACCACAAGAAAGGGCACAAACAUCAAGAUCAUUGAGAUGGGACAGACCAUGAAACUUACACCUGGAGACAUAGUCAAAAUUCAGUUCACUACAGCUGAAUAUGCUGCACCUGAAAUCCACCAAAAUGAAAUGGUGAGCACAGUUACCGAUAUGUGGUCAGUUGGUGUCUUGGUUUAUGUACUUCUUAGUGGACUCAAUCCAUUCACAUCUGAAACUAAUCAGCAAAUGAUUGACAGCAUUUCAAAUGCUGAGUACAGCUUUGAUGAUGCUUGUUUCAAGGAAGCUAGCAUUGACGCAUUAGAUUUCAUCGACAGACUGCUUACCAAAGACCGCAAACAUCGUAUGAGUUCUGCGCAAGCUCUGGAACAUCCUUGGUUGACAAAGAGCACUGAGGAACUGAGCACAAAAACAAUCAAUAUUGCAAGACAUAAGAGGUACUACCAGUCUAUGGUCAAGAAGGAGUGGAACACAGUUGUUUCUUCAGCUCGUGUUGCCUCUGGUGGGGCCAUCAGAGGUCAGAGAGGUGUAACAGUGGCUAAAGCCAAGAUUGCACCAUUUGAACAUGGCCCUAUUGCAGGACCAAUCAGGCACAAUAUUUCUGAUGUAGGUGGAGAGGUGAAGUUCGUCUGUACCAUUGAGAACUUUGACAGUAGCACUGAGGUGACUUGGUACUACGGAGUUAGACAACUUGAAGAGGGUGCUAAGUAUGAAAUCACCUAUGAUGACGAAGAGGGAAUUGCAACUAUCACCAUCAAGGGAGUGUCAAAGCCAGAUGAUGGAACUUACAGAUGCAAGGCCGUCAAUGAAUAUGGUGAGGAUUCUGCCUAUGGAGAACUCUUUGUCAACGGAGUUAGAAAACACCGCGACUUCUUUACAUCACGUGUUGUAAAGAAAGUGAAGCGCAGAGUUGACACAACAAGACUGCUCCAGAGACCACCUGAGUUCACGCUGCCUUUGAUGAACCGCAGUGCUUACAUUGGUGAGGAUGUGCGCUUUGGUGUCACAAUCACUGUGCAUCCAGAGCCACGUGUGACGUGGUUGAAAUCCGGGCAGAAAAUGAUACCAGGCUAUGAUGAGAAGAAGUACACAUUCAUAACAGAUAAGGGUCUGUAUCAACUUGUGAUUCACAAUCUUGAUGCUGAUGAUGAUGCUGAAUACAGCGUUGUAGCGCGCAACAGAUUUGGUGACGAUAGCUGCAAAGCCAGACUCACCAUCACUCCUCGUCCUCCUCCUGCUGAUAACACUUUGAGGCCUAUGUUCAAACGUUUACUUGCUAAUGUUGAAUGCAGGGAAGGCCAGAGUGCACGCUUUGAAGUGAGAGUUUCAGGAAAACCAGACCUGAGGUGGGAGAAGGAUGGUUCACCUUUGGCAUUAGGUCCACAAAUCGAGAUUGUGCAUGAGGGCUUGGACUACUUUGUGCUACAUGUCAAAGACACUCUACCUGAAGAUUCAGGAAUUUACAGAGUUGUUGCCACAAACUCUGCUGGGUCUGCAAGUUGCCAAGCCACGCUCAAGGUGGAACGUGUCACACAUGUAAAGAAGGACUACGAGGCUGAAGACGAGAAGAAGAAGAAGAAGAAAGAGGCUCAAACAGAUGACAUUGACAAGAGAGCAAGACUCUCAAUGAUUCUUUCUGGUGCUGAUGUCACUCCUCUUACCCCAUAUGCACAGCAGGCCUUGAGGGAAGCUGCCACUUUGUUCAAACCAGCAGUGGUACCAAAGAAGGCCAAGUCUGAAGCUGAAGCAGCCAAAGAAAAGGAAGAGCGCAAAAAGAGAGCAGAGGAAAAGAGGCUGAGAAUGCCCUAUGAUGUACCACCACCUCGUGAGCAUGCUCCAAAUGUACUUCAAGAGGAUAUGGAGAUCAAGUACUUUGUGCCCUUCUCUGACAUGAAAUGGUACAAGAAACUCCGUGACCAGUAUGAAUUCCCUGAGCCUAUGGACAAGAUCCCGCAGAAGAGACUCAAACGUAUCCGCCUCUCAAGGUGGGAGCAAUUCUAUGAUAUUCCUGUAAGAAUCAAGGACCAGUAUAAGCCAAGAUGGCACAUUCCAACUGUUUCUCAAGAUGAUCUCGAAACAGUAAGACCAGCAAGGCAUCGUACACCUUCCCCAGAAAUAGAGAAUUACUACAGAAUCAGGAGGAGGUCUCUUGGUGAUCUGUCUGAUGAGGAACUCCUUCUGCCGGUCAAAGACUAUCUAUCCAUGAAGCAAACAGAGGAAGAAAGGCUACGUCUUGAGGACGAACUUGAGCUUGGAUACUCUGCUUCUCCACCCAGUUUGAGCCCUGUGCGUUUUGAACUUUCUGCACUACGUCAUCCUUCACCACAGAGAGUGGCGUAUGAAGAAGACGAAGAGGGCGAGGAGGUCCCAACAUAUGACUCCUAUCGUAUUCCCUCUAAAUAUGAAGCUGGCCCCAGCUACAUUGACUUGCGCCAGCGUCAUGACAAGGCUACCUACAGGCCCCCAAGGCAGAAGCAGAGAGUAAAUGAAGAAAGGGAGGACCAAGAGCUACUCCGCUCAGUGACAACCACUCAAAGAAUUACUUCAUACAAGAGUCAGCUCAAACGCAUGGAGUUUGAGGAGAAAACAAGAGUGACUAAAAAGGAGAAAACAACUCGUGCCCCAGUAGUGUCUGAGGGUGGCGAGAUGCCAUAUGUCCCAUUACCACCUUCACCAACCAUGCCAAAGAGGAGAAGAUCACCAUCUCCUAAACCUCGCAAAACACCUGCAGCUGAGACUGAGGCAGCCAGGAAGCCAUCACCUGCUCAAGAGAAGCCACGCACCGCAUCUCCAAGUGUUGCCUCCUCAGAGAAAGUAGCCUCUAUUGACUUGUCAGCAAAGAUUGACUACAUGUCAAGGUAUGAGGCAAGGAAAAAGGCAAUUAAACCUGCAAAGAAAGCUGAGGUUCUGCCACAGCAACCAUUCAGCCUUCGCCAUGCCCCACGCAUUGCAGUAAGAAUGCGCUCUCAUCGUGUGCCACUUGGACAGAACACAAAAUUCACUCUGAACGUCCAGUCUCAAUCACAAACAGAGGGCAAAUGGCUCCACAAUGGACAGGAGAUUCAUGCAAGCAAUAAAUACCAUAUGAGUUGUGUGGGUGGAGUUCUGACCCUUCAAAUCAUGGAUUGUAAUUUAGAGGAUAGUGGUACCUACCGUGUUAUCUGCAAAAAUGCUAAGGGAGAGACCUCGGAUUAUGCUACUCUUGAUGUGGCAGAAGGAGGAUACACAUUUGUCACUCUUCGUCAAGAAGAGGAGCCUCCUGUUCGUCCUCUGCCAAAAAUGACCAAAACUGAUGCUUACCAUGUGUCUUCAAAAUCAGAGGUUUUUGCUGAGACUGAAAUGACAAGAGUGACUGAAGAGACAGAAGUGUCUUCAGUGAUUUCCUUGAGUGAAGUGGAGACUGUUAGUGAAACAGUGGAGACUCACGAAGAGUAUGCAUCCUCUGAAACAAAGCUGGUACUCCAUGAGGAAACUGUGGUAGUAGAGGCUUCUGUUGAGAAAACAAAAUCAACUCUCCCUGCAACAAUUCUUAUCAAACCGCUGUCACUGACAGUGUCAGAGGGAGAAACUGCCAGAUUCUCAUGUGACGUUGAUGGUGAGCCAGCCCCAAGUGUGGCCUGGCUCCGUGAAGGACAAGCCAUUGUAACCUCUCACCGCCACCAUGUCUCAACCACACAGUACAAGUCUACAUUUGAGAUUUCCUCUGUUGAGCUUUCAGAUGAAGGCAAUUACACCCUUGUGGUUGAGAAUUCCGAGGGCAAGCAGGAAGCUGAGUUCAGUCUCACCAUCCGCAAACCAUCAGCUGAGGAGAAAGUAGUUGCCUCACCUCCUAGAGUGAAGUCACCUGUUGCUUCACCCCCACGGGUAAAAUCACCAGAGGCAGUCAAAUCUCCAAAGAGAGUGAAGUCUCCCGAACCUAUUAAGUCACCAGCAAGAGUGAAGUCUCCAACAUCUCCAAAGUCUCCGAGGUCACCAACUCCCAAGGAGAAGCCUUCUUUCACCAUGGGUCUGACAGAUGUCUCAGCAGCCUCAGAUAGCAUUGUGAAGCUGACUGUGAAGGUGUCUGGAGAACCUAAGCCCAAAAUCUCUUGGACGAAAGAUGGAAAGACUCUCUCCCAGGGUGGAAAAUAUGAAAUCUUCGAGGAGCAUGGGUCAGUCUAUCUAGAAAUUUAUGAAUCUGAGGUUUCAGAUAGUGGAGUGUAUAAGUGCACUCUCACAAACAGUGCUGGCUCAGUCUCCUCAUCCUGUACUGUCACAGUUAAAGGUAAGGCUUUUAACACUUAACAUUUCAGUGUUGUGACAUUUAUAAUUGAUUAUGAUUUCAGUGAUCAAAAUGUUGAUCUUCUUGAUCAAAUAGUUAUAAUAUUUUUGUGUCUGCUUAUAGCAUCCGAACAGCUUAUAGCAUCCGAACAGACUCAAAAGGAGUCUGUAUCCACUUAUGAAACCACGGGAGAAGUUGUUGAACAAAUCACAAAAAGGGAAAUUAUUCAUGAGGAAGUCCAGUCUUACACAGAAGUAAAAGCAUCCCAGACCCAAAUGACCAUGACAAUGGGUCAGUCAAUGACACUUAAAGCAAACAUCUCUGGGGCUACUGAUGUCAAAUGGAUCCUGAAUGGAGUCGAAGUUGCCAAUUCAGAGAGCUACAGAUAUGGAGUAUCGGGAAAUGACCAUACAUUGACAAUCAAGAGCAUUAGUCAGCAGGAUCAGGGAAUCAUCACGUGUGAGGCAAAGACUGAACAUGGGGCUGUCAAGUGCCAAUUCGAUACAACGAUCAGUGAGACGCGUUCCGAUGCACCAUCAUUCCUCAGCCAGCCAAAAUCCCAGAAUGUCAAUGCAGGACAAAGUGUAACAUUCAAAUGUGAAGUAUCAGGAGAGCCUUCUCCUGAGGUUGAGUGGCUUAAAGACAAUGUCCUGAUCUCUGUAACAUCAAACAUGAACCUGAGCCGAUCAAAGAAUGUGUACACUCUGGAGAUAAAGGAGGCCACUGCUGCUGACAGUGGGAAAUACACAGUCAAAGCUAAGAACAAGUUUGGACAAUGCUCAGCUACUGCAUCUUUAAAUGUUCUUGGUGUGCUAAAAACACAUGGGGCUCUCCUGGAUGAUUUCAGCUUCGGAAAAAGAAAGAUUUUGACAGUCCCCUGCGCUUUCUCAGGAGAGUCCGCACCUUUCAUUGAGUUGUCCCAUUCAGGGAGGACGUCCAGUGAGGAGAAAAGAGGAUCUCACAACACUCGCUGUGUGAAGGAGAAUGAUGCUGGAGCAUACACCCUCAAGCUGUUCAAAGAGCCUGGAUCUGACACUGCAGCAGUCAAUGUCAACAUUCGAUCUAUGUAUAAAAAAAAGAGAAAAAUCAUAAUAGAAAUUCUACCCCUAUCCCAUUUCCUUUCUUAUUCAGUGCCUUUUUAUUUAUUGGAUGGGUUGAAAUACUCAUUACUUGAUAAAGACCUGGAUUUCUGUUCUUGUAAAUAUGAACUAUUUUUAUACCAAACUUGACAUUAAUUUAUGCCACACUAGACUAAAGUCUAAAGUUGUUAUAAAAUGUGCCAUAUUGGAUAAUUAUGACUAGGAUUUUUGAACCAUUUUUCUGUGACAUGUACAUAAUGUAUAUAGCCGAAUUUACCGGUUAUGGAAAAUGUAUGCAUUGUUAUUUAUGACAAUAACUGAAACAAAGGAACUAAAUGUUUAACAGGAGAAAGUUUCACAUGAAACGAAUACCCUGAAAAACUAGAAACGAAACUAUGUGCCUCAACAAUAAGUUGAAGUCUUAAGAUUGCCUCAACAGGUAGAGAGGCUCCCUGUUGAAGUUAAACUAAAUCAGACACAAUGAAAUGCACUGAUGCAUCUGUGCAUUUGAUAUUUCAACACACAUAUGAUUUUAAAAACUAUGAUCAUAAGACCUUGAGUGCUGUUUGCAUAUUACCCUCAUGUAAGCAGGACAACUAGGCCUUGUGUUCAGACUGAUUAUGUCAUACCACCAUUUUGAUGACAUGCUCAAAGUGCGAGCGGCCUGCACUUUGAGCCUUUUUUUAUUUUAUUUUAUUGUGCACAGGUUCUGGCAUAGGACCAUUUGAAUUGGAUUUUCCAAGUAACAUCACCUGGCCAUUUAUUUUUCAAAAAUUCAAUUUAAGUGCUUCUUUGCAGAAUCAGUGCCACCUCUUGGAGGAUUGCUAGGUAAUUUUUGUGUGUUUUUGUGUUAGUGUGUGUUAGCAUUAGAACCUCACAUUGUCAGUAGUCAGGGUAAACAACAAGCAAGAGUGCCACAGUCUCACCAUCUGCUGUGCUAAGAACAUGACCUAAUACAUGUAAGCAAUGCCCUGCACUUUGAUUGAACUUAUUUAUGUAGUACUUAUAUAUUCAACCUCCUUGAGUUUUAUGAUUACUGAUUUAAUAAAGCAUGAUUGCAGCACCAUAA